AGAGGCGGCGGCGGCGGCGGCGGGAGCAGCAGCCGGAGCCGGAGCGGAGCGGGGACGCAGGCGGCGCACGGAGGGGGGGUGAGAGCCGGGCCGGGGGGAGGGAGGGAGGGAGAAGUCCGCGACCGCCCCCCCACAACCCCCUCCCCCGCGCGGGAUCGGGCUGGGCGAAUGGCUGCUCCCCAGCCGGACAUCCUGCCGCCCCUCCCCUCCCGGAGCCCCCUCGGCACCUGGGAAGCCACCGCUCUGCCAUCGUCGUGAGCGCGCCGCGCGCGACCUGCGGGGGGGGGGACAAGGGAGGGAGAGGCCCCGAGCCCUUUCGUGUCUCCGUGCCCGCCAGGCACUCGAAGCCAGCUUCCCCUGGCAGCCGAAGUGACGCCUGUCGUUGCAAGAAAAGGGUCAAGGAUCAUAGGAUCACGAAAGGCGGAGUUGGAAAGGGCCCUGAGGCUCAUGCAAGGCAGGAAUCUCUCCCCCAAUGUGGGACCCACAACCCUGAGAUCAAGAGUCUCACGCUCUGCCAACUGAGCUUUUAUGCACCUUUGGUCUUUUGCAGGCUCCUUCCUCUCCUCCCCUCCAUUUUUUUAGUCUCCAGAUUAUUUCUCCUCAAGCAAGGACUGUUGUUAGUACAGCUAUAAGCCUGUUCCAAUUUCUAAACCUAGUUUCCUUCUUUUGGAAGGAAAACCAAAGGUAUGAGACAGAGUCUCUCUGAAGUGUGCUGAAGUUCCUCUCCAGCCAUUGUCAAUGCUUGGUCUGCCCCCACCCCCUAGUUUUACUGAGCUGGUGAAUGGGCUGUAUUGCCAGACAAAAAUCUGGCUUCAAGUCUGUGUCCGCUGGUCUUCUGUUUUCCAAUAUGUUUCAGACUCCUGUCUGAGGGUUGGCUACCUGUGAAUCACAUUUCUAGGGUUAGGAAUCAGGUCUCUGUGUCAAAUAGCAAGACAUCAAGGCAGCCUUGUGUGCUGACAUUUUUUAUUUCAAUCAUUAAUGGAUGUUUCAUUCUCAGCUUGGGGAGGAAGGGGAGAAUUGGGCCAAGUAAUAUGGAUGAUCCAGACCUGCUGGCUUAUAUGGUUUGACCCUUUUCUAUGCUUUCUGUUUCCUUGACUUGUAAGAAGGGAGCUGGUUAAGAACCUAAUCUCAAGAGACUGUAACAACUUCUCUAGGGAUGGGCUAAAGUGGCAUAGUAUCUGUAAGCAGCCUCCUGUUCUUGAACAGCUACCUAGAUGCAUUCGUAUGCUAGUGCCUUUUGCUCCUGAAAUAGUUUUUGUUUACUUUGUUUCCCUGCAAGUUUAUAAAUUGGACCUUGAAUUUUCCCCUUCAAAUAUAGGGGACUGUUCAUUGAAUAAAGGUGUUAGUUUUUAAAAAUUGUCUAGGUAAUCAAAAGUCAAAGAAUCAACUUAAUUUUCAUAUUUAUAAAUAUAAUUAUUUGUAAAUAUAGGUGCCAUUUUGAUAACAUUAAGGGAAGGAAUGCAAAUGCAAUGUAUAAUGCAAUACCACUUUUAAUGUUCUCUCUGUUAUUAUCAUUUGUACAGUAGCAUUAAUUAUAAUUGAGAGUUAUAGAAUUUUUCAGCAUCUAAAGUGCUUCGUAUACAUUAUCUUGGUCAUUCUUACAACAGCCCUGGCAAGGCAAUAAUAUUCACAUACUGCAGAUAGUGGGAGGGAGGAAUGCCAAUGAGGUUGCAUUUGAACUGAAGAAUUCCCACGUAGAGCCAAAAUAUAAAAAGGGUGCCCAUCAGCCUCAAUCCUGACAACUAAUAAUAAUAAUAAUAAAAUGUCCAGUAGCACCUUAGAGACCAACUUAGAGACUUAGUUGCUCUCUAAGAUGAUACUGGACAAUUUUUUAAUUUAUUUUGACUGUGUCAGACCAACAUGGCUACCUACCUGAAUCCUGACAACUAAAACUAGCAUGAAUUAAGACAGUUUACCAGAUGUGGUCACAAUAAGAGGGGAGUGGAAUAGUUUUUUAUAUUGAGUCAAGAGAUCCUAGAGAAGAUCCUAGUUAUAAAAAGUUUGUGCAGGAGUAAAACUGGAUCAAGAAGGCAACGGACUCAGAGCAGGCUAGCUGAGAUGUUUUAUGGCAACUUUUGACUGAGCUGCUUCAUGUACUGAAAUACCCCAGGAUGCCAGCUGUGCUCUGUGUACUUUGUGUUGUGUGUGUGGCCUUAAAAUUUGUCAGCUUUAGGCCCCUGAGUUAAAUCUGCUCCCUUGUGGGGUAGUGGUUCAGAGCGGUGGAUUCGUAAUCUGGGGAACCGGGUUCGUGUCUCCGCUCCUCCACAUGCAGUUGCUGGGCCAGUCACACUUCUCUGAAGUCUCUCAGCCCCACUCACCUCACAGAGUGUUUGUUGUGGGGGAGGAAGGGAAAGGAGAAUGGUAGCUGCUUUGAGACUCCUUCGGGGAGUGAUAAAGCGGGAUAUCAAAUCCAAACUCUUCUCAGCUGCCAGCCUUGGGGCAAAAAGGGGCACAAAAGAACCUGUUGAGAGGCCCUGGCCCAUCUGCCUCCCUCAUCCCUCAAAGUGGAUCUGCAGCAACAAGUACUUUUUCCUUGACUUGCCCAACCUGCCCCCAUCCCAUUCCUGGAGAAUUCCAUGUCAGGUUUGGGAUUCAAACAACUCCCUAAAAUGCUCUCUUUGUCUAGCCAUGUUGGGAAAAUAUUAACUGUUCCAGACACUAAAUUCAAGGUGCAAAAGUCAGCAAUAUUUGUGUCCUACAAGUUUGUGAUUCUGUGUAGCAUUUGAUUAUUUUUUUUUUUAAGAAUUACUAUGCUGCAUACCUAUCAGAGUAUCCAGUAUAGAUCUUGAAAACAACUUUAGAUAUGUUCUUUUCUCCUCAACCCUGCAAAAACCCUUGUGGAAAAUGCCCUGAAAUCAUUUUAGUUCACAGGGAAAGAGUCCUCAUCAAAUUCCAUUAACUCAGACUCUGAUGAGACACUAACAAUGCUUGACAAAGAUUUUCUCACACGGUUCCCUUUGUUAAGGAGCAAAAAGCCCAACUCGGCCUCCCUUUAGCCACUUUUCUUCCUUCCCCUGCACAAACAUGCAUUAACCCAGGUCAUUCCCCACACAUAAAUUUAGCUUUUUUCUUACUGGCAGCUGAGAAUGGGUAAAUACUUCUGGUCCAGCAACAGAGAUUCUUGAUCAUCAUAGACUGUCUCUAAUGGUUGCUUACCCCAACUGCUGUUUGAGAGAGUUGGAUAAAUCCAGCUGAGAAUGGAGUCUGAUAUUUUAGGGCAGCAGAGAGGAACCUGUGGCCCUCCAGACAUUGCUGGACCUCAGUUCCCAUGAGCCCCAGCCAGCCAACUAGGGCACUAUCUGGUUUUCAACAUUUUUAGCUGGUAUAUAACCAGCUAAAAUCACGCUAUCUCGAUAUAUCAUGAUAUAUAUCUGCGGUGGCGAAGGGCCUUGCAGGGUCUCCCUGUGGCGGAAGAGGUUCCUGUGUAUCUCCCCACAGCAUCAGAGGGCCUUGCUGGGCCUCCCCAUGGUGGUGGAGGGCCUUAAAAUGUAAGGAAGUAGUAGAUUUAAUAAAAAUAUUAAAUAAACUUCCAUAUACAGUGGUGGGACGCGGAUGGCGCUAUGGGUAAAACCUCAGCGCCUAGGACUUGCUGAUCGCAUGGUCGGCGGUUCGAAUCCCCGUGGCGGGGUGCGCUCCCGUCGUUCGGUCCCAGCGCCUGCCAACCUAGCAGUUCGAAAGCACCCCCAAGUGCAAGUAGAUAAAUAAGGACCGCUUACUAGCGGGAAGGUAAACGGCGUUUCCGUGUGCUGCGCUGGCUCGCCAGAUGCAGCUUGUCACGCUGGCCACGUGACCCGGAAGUGUCUGCGGACAGCGCUGGCCCCCGGCCUCUUAAGUGAGAUGGGCGCACAACCCUAGAGUCGGACACGACUGGCCCGUACGGGCAAGGGUACCUUUACCUUUAUGCAGUGGUACCUCGGGUUAAGUACUUAAUUCGUUCGGGAGGUCCGUUCUUAACCUGAAACUGUUCUUAACCUGAAGUACCACUUUAGCUAAUGGGGCCUCCCGCUGCCGCUGCUGCACGAUUUCUGUUCUCAUCCUGAAGCAAAGUUCUUAAGCCGAGGUACUAUUUCUGGGUUUGCGGAGUCUGUAACCUGAAGCGUAUGUAACCUGAGGCGUAUGUAACCCGAGGUACCACUGUAAUAUAUUUAAUAUAUUUUCAACUAAUUUAAGAAUAGUUUAAGUGAUUUACUCUUCAAGUUGCAUAUGCUUCCCCAACUCAGAGGUCUAAGUGGAAUCUGUGCAUGCAUAAGCCCCACUGAGUUAAACUAAACUUACUUCUACUUUCCUGGGAGUAAGCCCCAUUGAAUUCAGUAGGGCUUACUUGUGAGGAGGCACGCAUUUGAUUUCACUGCUUACCAAAAAACACUGCCCCAUCAUUUUCACACAGUACCCAACCUCCCAUUUCAGCAUAAGGCAGCCACCUAAAUCUUCUCCCCUCCAUUCCCCCCCAAAGGCCCCCAAAAAGCUCUCAUCCCACCAGUAUCUCCCUUUUUAUCAAAGGGAGGGAGAGAGGGGAAGCAAGCAAAAAGAAUAGUCUCUUUUAAAUUUAAAAAACACCCUUUUAAUAUGGAAGAAAGCUAUUUAGGGGGAACCAACAACAUAAACACUACCAGGAAAUAAAAAUAGAAGCUCUUCCCCGCUAGAUUUAUCAAGGUGGGGGUGAGUGUGAGGAAGAAAGAAGUGCUUUGUUUGUUUAUCUGUGGGGGUCCCUCCUGGAUUGUUAGCAGGCUCUGCAUAAUUACUUGAGCUCUAAGUGGAAAGCCACCAGUGAAGCUGAAAGAGUUUGCUGCUUUGUGUGAGGGCUUGUCCACUUUUCUUACAGGGGGAGGGAGGGAGCAAAUUAUCUGCAAAGCUGAGCUACCCCCUGGGAAGCUGUUAAGUCUCCACCUUUUGUUCACUGGUGUAUUGCCUUGUUGAAACCCUUAUCAAGAUGUCAUUCGCUCAGCCCUCCAGCCAACAAGGCCAAUGGUCAGGGGUGAUGGGAGUUGUAGUCCACAGCCUCUGGAGGGCCACAGGUUCCCUAGCCCUGCUUUAGAAAGUACAGUGCUGAGAGCAACUGCAGAGAUGAAUGGGAGCAGCGCAAGAGCACCGCCGAGGCUUGACUAGCUGCUGGCAGAAGAGUGUGGGAUUUAACAGACCUCUGGUUUGAUCCAGCAGAGCUGUUUUUCUGUUCUUAAGCCGCUUCCCAUUGGAAAUAUUUUCCUAUGGCUGCAUUUCAAGCAGCAGGUAAUAUGGAUGAGGAUAACGAGCAUUGUUCACAUGUACCCUACGGAGAGUGUGUCAAAGUCCAUCCUUCUUGGUUUACCCUGCUCUUUCCCAACAUGUCAUGUCAGUUGGAUUGCUUUGUCUUUGUAGCAAACAAGGCUCUAGUCCAUUGCCUUGAGCGUCUGAAGGUACCUGCCUGUGGAGAGGCAGCUGGCACAGCUUUGCUCCGGUGCGGCUCAUGCUGUAGGGAAGGAAAGAGCCACAUUGCUGUGGUGUUGAGCAAUCUCAAGGAAACCCUCCGGCUAGCUGAAGAAUCAUGGGGAAAGAUGGCAGAAAGGAAGCCUGGGACUGUCUACUAAGACUGCCCCCCCCCCGAGGCAGAUAAUGUACUCCCAUAGGUUAAAUGUGCAUGAAGGCUAAAGACAUAAGAGGUUUCCUCCUCUGAGCAACUCAUUAUUGUUAUUCAUUACAUUGGUCUUUGGUCAUUAGGACCUCACAGCAGAAAAACUGUGGCAGCAGAGUAGCCAGAAAGGUGCCGGGUUUCUAUAAGGCUGGAACCAGACGGUUCAACCUCUCAGACCCAGUGGGCUGCAAGAGGACUUUGACACAGAAGCCGCAGACCAUACACUGAAUUAAAUUUCCAUAUCAUAAAUUAAAGUGUUUGCAAUAUAAUUAAUAUUAUUUAAUAUACACAAUACAGUGGUGCCUCGCAAGACGAAAUUAAUCCGUUCCGCGAGUAUCUUCGUCUAGCGGUUUUUUCGUCUUGCGAAGCAACCCUAUUAGCGGAUUAGCGCUAUUAGCGGUUUAGCGGCUAUUAAAGGCUUAGCAGAUUAGCUGCUAAAAGGCUAUUAAAGGCUUAGCGGCUUAGAAAAAGGGGGGGAAAGCGAAAAAAAAAUCUCAAGACUCGCAAGUCUUGCGAAGCAAGCCCAUAGGGAAAUUCGUCCUGCGAAGCGCAUUGAAAACGGAAAACCCUUUCGUCUAGCGGGUUUUCCGUCUUGCGAGGCAUUCGUCUUGCGGGGCACCACUGUAGAUUGAGUCUCUUGUGAAGCCAGUAAAUAAAUGCAGCCCAUGAGAAGGAGGAGGAGGGGGCACGGGAUGGGGGGCAACAGGGGCACCAGCUGCCUCAUCCUCCUCACUUGCCUGCUGGUUGCCCACAGCUGCCACCAUUUAUCCCACUUGCUCCCCCCCCCAUACACCACACACACAGCCUCUUCAGGCUGGUUAUUAACUAAGGAGGGGCAGAGACCUGUAGAGUUGGAAGGGGACUCCCGAGAGUCAUCUAGCCUGACCCCCUGCAAUCCCUGGCAGGCAGCCAGCAGCAGAGCCUCCCUGCCCAGGGCAGCCCAACCACCCUCAGAGCCCCAGAGGCCCCUCCAAGGCCCCCUGCAUGUCGCCACACACCGUUUCUCUGCUGGGCCCAGGCUGCAUCACAGCCUCCCUCUGGCCCUGCGGCUUCACUGCCAUGGCCGCUUCCCUAAGCUCACCCCUUGGGAGAGGGCCUAAGAAGCAAGCAAGCAAGCAAGCAAGCAGGGAGAAGAGAAAGCUUCCUUCUCCACAUUGGGUAAGGGCUGCCUGAAAAAGCCUUGUGGGCCACAGGGUGGACCACCAGCUCCCAAAGCAGUGGGCAGGCAUCAUCUGUGUGACUUCAGGGUAGCCCUCUGGGUUUCCUGCUGUUCCUGUUCCCCAAGUGAGUCAUGGCCAGGUGAGGAGGUGCUUUGGGAGUCUUCUGCACCUGGGAGCUGUUUACAUUCCGAAUCCAGAGCAUCCUCAUGGCCUAUGAAACGUUCAUACAGUUUGAAACAUGGGGGGAAACUGGUUUUUUUCCACUUGCGAUGUCUGUCUUUCCUUCAUCCAUCCAUCCAUCCACCCUUUCCAUUAUUUUUGUAAAUUAAAAUUAUGUAAAAAGAAAUAUAUGCUAUAUUUAUUUUCUUAUCUGAUUCAAAUAUUUCUACUUGUGGGAUCUAAAAGGCAUUGUAAUAUAACAGUAUUGGAGAGCUGGAUUUCUUCACAGUCACAAUGUCACCUUUUCUCUCUCUCAUUCUUCUUCCCAUUUUGCAUUAUCCACCCCUUCUCCCUCCCUCUUUCCCGGUGCCCAGGGGGCUGCAGAUUGUUAUAGCCAGAGAUCCGGACAUUGAACCGUAGUAGCUUGCAGUGCUCCAUCCAUUUUGGCUCCCCUCCAUCACCCCAACUCCUCUAAACUGCUUGCUUGCAGAGGGUUUUUUCACCUUUCUUCCAUUGUGCUGCCUUUCUCCUCUGCCCUCUUCGUCUCCCUUGAGGUUCCCCACUACUAUGGAAGUAGGUUCCCUACCCCAGUUUAUAACUCACCACAUAAAUAUAUAUAUUUGUGAUAUCUUCAAGUCUAGCUGCUUUGGUUUUCUUCAGACAAUGAUUGCAAGUAAACUUAGAGGUGAGGGGUACCUACACAUAAGUUAGGUUUUGCCAAUAGGAAAAUUAGAUUUUUGUGGGGCGGGGCAUUAAGGAUAGCAGAAAACAGAGCCAUUAAUGUUGUUCUAAGCCAAAGGACAUUUUUGUUACCUAAAUUAUGAAAUGACCUCUCCACACAGUCAGUAUUAUCCAGAAACAGAAGAAACCAUUUUUAAAAAUCUGCCUCUCCCCUUAGCUCCAAGCAGUCUGGCCAGUGGUCAGGGAUAAGGAUGAGUUGUCACCCAAUAACACAUGGGGGGGGGCACCACAUUUGGUACCCCAGCAUAGCUUAUUGGGAAAGGGUUGUGGGGAGCCCGGAGCUUGUCUGCUCCCCAACCUGCGCAUUGGAACAAAUGACAGUUUUCCAUACGGACUCUGGGAGCUGUAGUUCUUGCCAAAGCAGGACAAGGUCUGAGUGGGAGCUUAUGAGAGUGCCCUUAUGAGCAUCACUUAAAGUUUAAAUCAAGGUGAUAACAGUUUCUGAAAGACCAAUAGCAGCUGAUUAUGACCUUCCAUUUUUAUCUCCAUGGUCUUCAGAGAGCUGAAGGUUUGCACAGAUUGAAACUACCGUAUUUUUCGCCCUAUAGGACGCACUUUUCCCCCUCCAAAAAUGAAGGGGAUUUCAAAAUUUUCCUUUAUUUCCCCCCCCAAAAAACUAGGUGCGUCCUAUGGGACAGAGCGUCCUAUGGGACGAAAAAUACGGUACCUUUCAAAUCAGCUUGCUUCUCAAUUUGGUAUUGUGCAUUUCCAAACAUAGAUAAAUUUCUUUCACGUGCUGCAAUGUUUGAGGAACCUGAGAAUAUAUGAGAGUUGUACAUGUCUUAACAGUAUACCGGAAUUGUAAUUAUCUAAAAUGGUAGAUGAACUUAUGUAGUCAUGGCAGAGUUAUUAGAAAACAUUUUGAAGGAGUAAAGGGCAACCAAAACUACAUUUUAAAACCUUGCCUUAAAGGGCGUUUCACAUAUUUGUGAAGGAGAAAAUAUUUCAUGAGAGGGUUUCCUUGCACAUUUUUCUGGAAUUCCCCAUUUUUCCAUUGGAAGAAUUUUUGAGUCAGGAUCUCUGACAAUGCCCCAAGCCUCGCCUUAAUCCCCAGUUUUCCUCUUCACCCCACAGAUUGCAAAAGUGAAGGCAGCAUUGGACCUGGAGGGAAGCCCAGAGGGGCUCUAGGGGCGCCCAUUUGGGGCCAGAGGGCUCUGCUGCAGGUGUGAACAAUCUUUGGCUUCCAGGUGUUGCUGAAGUACAAUAUACCCAGAAGAUCUAGCCAGUGUGGCCAGUAAUAUAUAAAAGGAUGUCACAUAGAGGAGGGAGAAAGGUUGUUUUCUGCUGCUCCAGAGAAGCGGACACGGAGCAAUGGAUCCAAACUACAAGAAAGAAGAUUCCACCUAAACAUUAGGAAGAACUUCCUGACAGUAAGAGCUGUUCGACAGUGGAAUUUGCUGCCAAGGAGUGUGGUGGAGUCGCCUUCUUUGGACGUCUUUAAGCAGAGGCUUGACAACCAUAUGUCAGGAGUGCUCUGAUGGUGUUUCCUGCUUGGCAGGGGGUUGGACUCGAUGGCCCUUGUGGUCUCUUCCAACUCUAUGAUUCUAUAAUCAGGAAGUCUGGGGUUUGUAAUCCAACUCCAUCAGGAGGGCCAAAGGUUUCCCACACCAAGGGCUUCCUUGGGAGGAGGAAGAAAAUCCAGCCGCAAACACUGAUCCAGCAAGUGACCAGGAAGAGGAGGAGCUGCCUCAGGGCCUAAUCCAGAACUCCCUGCUUCAGCUCCCACAUGCUCUGGUCAUGGAGACUUUGUGGGAGGUGAAGCAGCUUCUCCCCAUUUUGCAUUCUGGAGGUUCCCAUCUCUGCUCAACACAGCUUUUCAGGGCUGUCAUGGCUCACAUCUUAGGAACUGUGACAUGGCUUUUCAUGGACAUCUGACCUGGGAAGCUGGUGGGGUAUAUGUCGGGGGUCACCAGUGUUUUCCAACCACUGGACACAUUUUGAAUUUAAGGAAAGUGUUGUGGGGGUGUGGCAUAACACAAAAUGGCUGGCGUGGGGGCAGAGUUUAACACAAAAUGGUUGCCACAACCAAAAUACAGUGGUACCUUGGGUUACAUAUGCUUCAGGUUACAGACUCCUCUAACCCAGAAAUAGUACCUCGGGUUAAGAACUUUGCUUCAGGAUGAGAACAGAAAUCGCGUGGCGGUGGCGCGGCAGCAGCAGGAGGCCCCAUUAGCUAAAGUGGUGCUUCAGGUUAAGAACAGUUGCAGGUUAAGAACAGACCUCCAGAACGAAUUAAGUACUUAACCCGAGGUACCACUGUACAGUGGUACCUCUGGUUGCGAACGGGAUCCGUUCCGGAGGCCCGUUCGCAACCUGAAAAGAACGCAACCUGCGUCUGCACGGGUCGUGAUUCGCCGCUUCUGCGCAUGCACGUCAUGGCAUUUUGCACGUCUGCGUGAGCGGCGAAACCUGGAAAUAAUUCGUUCCGGUACUUCUGGGUCGCUGCGGGACACAAUCUGAAAACACUCAACCUGAAGCAAAUGUAACGUGAGGUAUGACUAUAUGGGGGGAAAAGAUUUAAAAAAGACAUUGAAAGGGUGUGGACACCCCCAGUAGCUGUCCCAUCCUUUGGUAGGCAGGGGGCACCUACAUCAGAUACCACUGUAUUCCCUCACAGAGAGAUGCUGUUUGCACCUCUCCUGUGUUCAAAAGGGCUGGAUGGGUGGGAGCCCAGUCUGGGCAUCCAGUCAGUUGAGGCAUGUUUAAGUGAAUGUGUUCAGCAGGGCUGUUUUUCUAGAAAAAGAGGUGCCAGAACUCACCAGGAGCUCCUCCGUCAUUCUCUUAGGAUGGCAGUGGCGCCCCCCUGAGAGCUGCAGCUGAACAAAUGUGCUGUGUAGGCAAGGCCAAGCAAGGAACAACAGAGAAAACAGCCUCUUGAGGCUUGUGGAGUUUUGAGGGGAUAUUUACAGAGACCUUUCAUGGGCUCUGGCCUGCAGAUCCCAGUGUAUGUGACACAUAUUUAGUGGACAGUGGAGGGCUACUCAGAUUGAGAACCAAAGAUAUUUUUGUUGUUUAGUUGUUUAGUCGUGUCUGACUCUUCGUGAACCUAGGGACCAGAGCACGCCAGGCACUCUUGUCUUCCACUGCCUCAUAUUGGUAGCUUCGAGAACACCGUCCCACCAUCUCGUCCUCUGCUGUCCCCUUCUCCUUGUGCCCUCCAUCUUUCCCAACACCAGGGUCUUUUCCAGGGAGUCUUCUCUUCUCAUGAGGUGGCCAAAGUAUUGGAGCCUCAGCUUCAGGAUCUGUCCUUCCAGUGAGCACUCAGGGCUGAUUUCCUUAAGAAUGGAUAGGUUUGAUCUUCUUGCAGUCCAUGGGACUCUCAAGAGUCUCCUCCAGCACCAGAAUUCAAAAGCAUCAAUUUUUUGGCCAUCAGCCUUCUUUAUGGUCCAGCUCUCACUUCCAUACAUCACUACUGGGAAAGCCAUAGCUUUAACUAUACGGACCUUUGUUGGCAAGGUGAUGUCUCUGCUUUUUAAGAUGCUGUCUAGCAGCAUGUUGACAUUUGGAGUAUUGAAUAGGAAGGCAAUGAGCUUUGUCUCCAAAUAAGCAUAGCCUGAAUUAUGUUGAAGACAAUGCCCCUAUAUGGCACUUGAGGGUGCAGACCCACAGCAAGCGAAUAGGAGCUAUGCACUGUGCUAGGUUGCAGUGUUGGAAUAGUCACUGCGGCCUCACACUGCUAUACUGCAAGACAUUAUUUUACACCCACCCACCCACCUGCUGUAUACCCGGAGGUCUCAGGGCGGUUCACAUAACCCACUUCCCUGCAUUAACCCAGAGGCAGCCAUUUCUCAUUCCUGGCAGUUCACAUCUAACCCCAGCCUUGACUCCCUUGGUGAUCUUAGGCAAACCUUUCCCCCUCUUUUUUAAAUCUCACCCCCCUCCCAAAGGAGUCCAAGUGAGCAAACAACAAAAUCACUGAAAAAUACUUUUUCUUUUUUUAAACAAACCAAAUAUCUUCCAUGUUAAUAUUAAUCAGUCCAUAUUAAUAUUUCAAGAGUGCCAGCAACAAUGUCUCUCAGCGCUGCCCAAUGCCUGAGUGAAUAGGAAUGUUAUAGGCGAAGGGGAUAGAGAUACGGAUAUGCUCGUACCCCUUCCAAUCUGCGCCCCAUCCCGAGGGACGAGGGUAGGGUGAGCAAGGAUUACUCACCUCCGUCACUGGUGUUGUGCAAUGCCAGGUCUAUAGGCAACAAAACCGCCACUCUGUGAGAUUUCUUUACCUCGCAGGGGGUCGACCUGGCUUGUGUGACGGAGACCUGGGUGCGCGAAGGGGCAACAGUUACCUUACGAGAGAUGGCGCCCCCGGGUUUCUCCAUCCUCCACCAGUCGCGGACUGUGGGCCGGGGGGGAGGGGUGGCAUUAUUAAUCCGGGAAGAUUGUCCUUUCAGGGCUCUACCAUCGCCAUCAAUCCCCGGCAUUGAAUGUGUUGGCCUAGUGUGGGGCUCUGAGGUGAGCUUGGCUGUCUGGCUGGUGUACCUGCCACCUAGCGCACCAGCAGCCACCCUGUCAGGCCUGCUGGAGGCGGUGGCCGGCUGGGCCUUGGAGUUCCCUAACCUAUUGGUAUUGGGGGACUUCAACAUCCAUGCUGAUGCCACUCCCUCCUCACAGGCUCUGGACCUGGUGUCUUCCAUGGCGACACUAGGGCUCUCCCAGUUUGUUUCGGGCCCCCCACACAUCAAGCAGGCCACACGCUGGAUUUGAUCUUUGGCAUAGGUAUAGAUGUGAUCAUGUCUCCUUCGAUGAAGGUGCCAUGGUCUGAUCACUACGCUCUGAAAGCCAGGAUUGACUUUCCACCCCCACCCUGCUUAGGUGGCGAGCCGAUUUGGGCUCGCCCGCAGAGGCUGAUGGACCCUGAUAGACCUUGCUCCCCCUGGCGACUCAUUGACUGAGCUUGUUGAGGGCUGGAAUAUCCAGCUCCUGUCAGCCAUCGAUGAGAUCGCACCUAAGCGCCCUCUGCGACUCCGCAGAAACCGGGCUCCUUGGUUUACCAAGGAGCUUCGGAAAAUGAAGCGGGACUUCAGACGGCUAGAGCGAGUAUGGCGGGGUGCCCGUGACGGAGCCUCAAGAACAUCUUAUAGGGUUUUUAUGAAAACCUAUGAAAUGGCAGUGAAGGCCGCUAAGAAGUCUUACUUCUCGGCCUCCAUUGCAUCCGCUAGCUCUCACCUGGCGCAAUUAUUUAGUAUAAUUAGGUCUUUAACGUCCCUUGAAGGACAGCCAAAUUUAAAUAGCAAUCUGACACACAGCUGUGAGGCAUUUGCGACCUUAGAUCUAUCCAAUUACCGCCCGGUUUCGAAUCUUCCAUUCCUGGGUAAGGUGAUUGAGAGAGCGGUUGCUGAACAGCUUGGUAGGUUUCUGGAUGAAACAUCGGCUCUGGAUCCAUUCCAGUCCGGCUUCUGCGCUGGUCAUGGGACCGAGACGGCUCUGGUCGCCCUAACAGAUGAUCUCCGUGGGCAGCUGGAUCGAGGCGGGUCGGGGCUGCUGAUUCUUCUAGACCUGUCAGCAGCCUUCGACAUGGUUGAUCACGAACGCCUUGCCGACGUGGGGAUCCAGGGCACAGUCCUUCAAUGGCUGCACUCGUUUCUCUCUGGUCGGGGACAGAGGGUGGUGCUUGGGGGAGAAUUGUCAUCCCGCCACUCCUUGGUGUGUGGAGUGCCCCAGGGUGCGAUACUCUCCCCGAUGCUUUUUAACAUCUUUAUGCGCCCCCUCGCCCAGCUUGUCCGGAGUUUUGGGCUGGGUUGCCAUCAGUAUGCCGAUGACACCCAACUCUAUCUGUUGAUGGAUGGCCAUCCUGACUCGGCCCCAGACACACUGACCAGAUGUUUGGAAGCUGUGGCUGGAUGGUUACGUGGGAGCCGGUUGAAGCUAAAUCCUUCGAAGACAGAGGUCCUCUGGCUGGGACGGGACGAUAUGGGAUUGGGGGGGCAACUCCCAUCUCUUGCGGGGGUGCAAUUAGUGCCAGCACCGUCCGUUAAGAGUUUGGGUGUAAUCCUCGAUACCUCCCUCUCUAUGGAGGCGCAGAUUACAGCUAUAACAAAGGCGGCAUUUUUCAUCUCCGCCAAGCUAAGCAGUUGGCCCCUUAUCUCUCUCGCCCUGACCUAGCCACUGUGAUCCACGCGACGGUCACCUCCAGACUGGAUUAUUGUAACUCGCUCUACGUGGGGCUGCCCUUGAGACUGACCCAGAAACUCCAGCGGGUGCAGAAUGCCGCGGCGAGACUCCUUAUGGGGUCUUCGCUGCGAGAUCACAUUCAUCCAGUACUAUACCAGCUGCACUGGCUCCUGGUGGAGUACAGGAUCAGGUUUAAGGUGCUGGUUUUAACCUUUAAAGCUCUAUACGGCCUAGGACCCUCGUACCUACGGGACCGCCUCUCCUGGUAUUACAGAGGAACCUACAGUCUGCAAAUAAAAACAUCUUGAAGGUCCUAGGCCUCAGAGAGGUUAGGCUGGCCUCAACUAGAGCCAGGGCUUUCUCGGCUGCGGCUCCAAUCUGGUGGAACGCUCUGUCACAAGAGACUAGGGCCCUGCGGAACCUGACAUCUUUCCACAAGGCCUGCAAGACAGAGUUGUUCCUACCAGGCCUUUGGUCAGGGCCCAGCCUGACUCCCUCCUCUGGCAACCUGCACAUAAUUUUGCUCAACGGUUGCCAUUAAUUUGAUUUAAAUUAAUUUUUAUAAUGAAAUGUUUUUAGAAUGUUGGAUUAUUUGAUUGUUUGACUAUUUGAUUGUUGUUAGCCGCCCUGAGCCCGGCUUCGGCUGGGGAGGGCGGGAUAUAAAUAAAAUUUAUUAUUAUUAUUAUUAUUAUUAAAAUUCCACUUAAAUGUCAGUUAUGAGGAAGAGAGUUUAACCUCAGCGGAGAGGGCAUUCCAUAAGUGGGGGACCACUACCAAGAAGGCUCUGUCUUGGGUUGGCAUGUGACAGGCAGCCAUCAGCCCCACCCACACGGCCUCCACUGCCAGGCGGGGAAUGCGAAGCAAGAUGACAUUGGAGGUAUUUGGGUUGCAGGCUAUCGAGAGCUCUGUGCGCUAGUUUGUUUAACUGCAAUCCACCGUGGUGCGUGCUUAUAUUUCUUGCAUGUGUAUUGUGCUUUCAGGCCUCUGUAUCCAAACACACCACAAGUGUAAGAGGCCGCCUUUUGGGUGUCUGUUAAUUUGAGGAAUGGUAAUCCUUGGGCAAAUAGCUCUGUGCUGUUCUUAAGAGGCUGGUGUGCACUAAACGUGUGCCCCAAAAGCUGAAUUCUUUGACGACGAAUGUGUUGUGCUAAUUUGCCUACUUUGUUUUUUGUUAACUAUUUUUAUGUUAGGCAUAAAAGGGGAAUACUGCUCAAGCUCAGCUCUGAAUAGGAGGGGCUGUAACUCAGUGGGAGACCUCAUGCUUUGCAGGCAGAAGAUCUCUGGUUAAAUCCUUGCUGUCUCCAGUUAAAGGAUCGCAAGCAGGAGGGCAAAUCAGCACCUUGGGCUGCCUGAGGCCCUGGGGAGCCACUGCCCACUGCAGUAAUCCACUCUGCAUCAGGUGGGCCAGUGGUAGGAGGUAGGGCUGGAUAUUUGACUAUUCAAGACAGAUUAGGUCAAGUGAAGCUCAAGUAUUUUUAAGGCAUUAAAGUUGUGGGAAAACAUGAGGUUUGGUACUAAUGUUAAUUAAUAGAAAAGUACUAACUUAAAUAAUUCAUUACUUUUUUUUUUAAAGUUAUUUUUAAAAUUACAUCCUUCCCUCAAAGAACCUCGAGCAACAUUCAUUGUUCUCCUAGCCCCUUUUAUCUUCACAACAAGCCUGUGAGGCAGGUUAGGUUGAGAGAUGGUGACUGAUCCAAGGUCAAAGCAGCCCUUUUCCAGUUGGCACUUUGAACAGGGCUUCUCCAACGCUUUGCCGGCACCGUCAGUCACCUGCAGACUCCCUGGAGGGCAGCUGGCCUUGGCUUGGCUGAAGUGACCCGACAGGCCUAAUGAGGUCUAGAGCAGUGUUUUUCAACCUUUUUUGGGCAAAGGCACACUUGUUUCAUGAAAAAAAUCACGAGGCACACCACCACUGUGUGCGGAGAGGGAGAUGUCAGAGCCCUGCUGCUCUCUAUGGGGAAUCGGAUGAGAGCGGACCGCCUGUCUGCUCUCAUCCGAUCCCAUCCGAUCUGAUCCCCACCCAGGACGGAUAGAAAAUAGGGUGGACACAGUCCAGCGCCCGCCUAGUGGGCGAUAAUUUGACAUAUUUUUUUAAAAAAAUCUUUUGAAUUUUUCAAUUUUUCCCACAGCACACCAGGCAACAUCUCGCGGCACACUAGUGUGCCGCGGAACAGUGGUUGAAAAACACUGGUCUAGAGGCUGGAGGUUCACUGACUAAGCAGUGACUCUUCAGGGUUUCAGGUGGGUUUUCCCCAGGCCUGCCUGGAGAUGCCUGCAAUUGAACUACAGAGCAGAUGCUCUGCCGCUAUGACUCUUCCACAAAGGAAGAUGCCACUCUAUAAAUGAAGCUAGAUUGGCAUGCAAGUGGAUAAGGGCAUUCUCAGUGGUGGCUCCACAAUUGCGAAAUGAAAUGCCAUGGCUCAUCUGGCAAGCCCCCUCCGGGGUAGGUUUUAAGACCUGCCUUUAGCACCUACUUUAACCUGACUUGCAGAACUCCACCAUUUUUGCCAGAUUUUGCUGCAUUGGCAUUGGUUUCGGUAUUACAGUGGUACCUCGGGUUACAUACACUUCAGGUUACACACGCUUCAGGUUACAGACUUCGCUGUACCUCGGGUUAAGAAUUUUUCUUCAGGGUGAGAACAGAAAUCACGCGCGGCGGCAGCGGGAGACCCCAUUAGCUAAAGUGGUACUUCAGGUUAAGAACGGAGCUCUGGAAUGAAUUAAGUACGUAACCAGAGGUACCACUGUAUUUUGAAAUAGUGUUUUGGUAUUUUGUGGUGGUUUAUGUUCUUAGAUCGUGGCUUGUAAAUAGCUUUGGGAAGAAUUUUUCUUGAAAAGCCAUAUAGGUAUAUACCAUAACUAAAGAAUGCAUUUCUGCCCUGGAUCAUAGGGCUCUCAUAGCACAAUUCUAUACAUGUUUACUUAGAAGUAAGUCCAACUGAGUUCAGUUGGGCCUGUUUCCAAGAAAGGGAAUACAAGCCUUCAGCUUCAUUUAACUGAUCUUCAUGCUCCGAAGUCUGGUCUCAAAUUUGUUAGAUUUAUAUCCUGUCUUCUCAAAGGAGUGAUGAAAGUUAGAGCACAUAUAUGAGGUGAUAUUGCUCACUAGAGAGUAGAUCUUCCUAGUUCUGUUGAUUAUAUGGACUUGUUUCUAGCACUGAGAGGGCACCUCCAGAACCACCUCUGCUUAUGUUCUCUUGUCCUUGCCUUGAAUGAGUUGGGUUUUGUGGCCUGGAAUGUUUGUCUUCCUGGCACAUGAGUAUGGCAUGAGUGAUGCCACUGGGUUCCUUCCUCCCCGAGGUCCUAUGAUAGGCAGUAGGAGCAAUCACAACUAUAACGUGCAUAUUUGUGGCAGCCUGUUUUGACACUGAUUUAAGUUGCUGGUUAUGGUCAUGGGCAACAAUUAGUUUUCUGAAACAUUCUGAAUUGUAAAAUAGGGUGAUUUGCAUUGGGUAACCUGCAUCAGAAACAUUUCUGCUGUCUGAGAGCAGGGGUCACCAGCCUUUUCGAGCCAGCAGGCCCGUUUGGAAGUUUGAGAAAGGGCCAUGGGUGCCAGUCACAAAAUGGCUGUAUUGGGUGUGUGACAUAACACACAGUGGCUGGCAUGUUUAAAAUAGAGCAGGAAAGGAGACAGGAAUGCAAAAUGGUGUGGGUAUUGCCCAUCAAUGGGGAGGGAAGGCACCUUAGCUCUUUGCACCUCUCUUCUGUUCAGAACAGGUGGGAUGAUGGUUGUCUAGGUGCCAGGCUGGCGACUGCUCUCCUAGAGAAUGAUCUAAUUUAGCAUGCUAAUUUUACUUGUAUUUAGUAAACAAAACAAAAAAAAUUGAAACUGAAAGCUUACCUCAUAUUAUGCUUACAAUAACGUCCACUCAUUGUGUUCUCUUCUGCAUUGGAGCCUUAAUAUAGCAUGAUGACUGCUAGAUUAUUCGAGAACAAAAAAAUUAAUGUGGAUCUGAUCCUCACUCUGCAAAUCUGAUUGGGCCAGAUUUGGAGGCUUCAGUGGAUGUUGUUGGAUAAAGCUUAGACAGAUUGUGAGUGACAGGGCCCAGGAGGAGCACAUGAUGUAGGUGUGCAUCAGGUCAGUCUUUUGGAUGAAAGAUUAUGAGGAGCCCCACAAAAGAGUAAAUAAAAGUAUGAAAAUGUGUUUAAAAGCAGCACCCCAUUAAUGAAGAUGGACCAGAGGUUAAUGGAUACCAUGAAUAAGGGUCCUAUCCUCAUCAGCUUUAUAGUCCUGUCCUCUGGAUUUUUGUCCCAUGUUUUGCAACAUUCUGUAGCAGUGAGUUCCAAGGAGCAUUCAUUUAUUGUUGCUAGAAGUUUUGUUUUAUUUUUGCCUGCUUGUGCUCCAAAAUAUUUUGGAAUUGCAAGUAGUUGACCCAUUGGCCCAAGAGAAUAAAUGGCAGGAAAUGGGUACAUAUUUGGAUGCAGUUGCUCUGCUUUUUCUGUUUUGAGCACCAGCCUUUUAUUGAUAUUGAGCAGAUAUCAUCAUCAUCAUCAUCAUCAUCUUAUUAUUUCUACCCCGCCUUUUUAAAUUUGGGAGUUUAUUUCUUGGGGACAGUUUGACUCUUAAUUGCAUUGUCGAGCUUUCAAUUAGUCCUUGCAGACACUAAUUCUGUGCCGUAGCAUAGGUUUGAACUGAUUGGUUCAAAAUUGGGAAAGGAGUACGACAAGGCUGUAUAUUGUCUCCCUGCUUAUUCAACUUAUAUGCAGAAUUCAUCAUGCAAAAGGCUGGACUGGAUGAAUCCCAAGCCAGAAUUAAGAUUGCCGGAAGAAAUAUCAACAACCUCAGAUAUGCAGAUGACACAACCUUGAUGGCAGAAAGUGAGGAGGAAUUAAAGAACCUUUUAAUGAGGGUGAAAGAGGAGAGCGCAAAAUAUGGUCUGAAGUUCAACAUCAAAAAAAGAAGAUCAUGGCCACUGGGCCCAUCUCCUCCUGGCAAAUAGAAGGGGAAGAAAUGGAGGCAGUGAGAGAUUUUACUUUCUCGGGCUCCAUGAUCACUGCAGAUGGUGACAGCAGUCACAAAAUUAAAAGACGCCUGCUUCUUGGGAGAAAAGCAAUGACAAACCUAGACAGCAUCUUAAAAAGCAGAGACAUCACCUUGCCAACAAAGUUCCGUAAAGUUAAAAGCCAUGGUUUUCCCAGUAGUGAUGUAUGGAAGUGAGAGCUGGACCAUUAAGAAGGCUGAUCGCCGAAGAAUUGAUGCUUUUGAAUUAUGGUGCUGGAGGAGAUUCUUGAUACUCCCAUGGACUUCAAGAAGAUCAAACCCAUCCAUUCUUAAGGAAAUCAGCCCUGAGUGCGCACUGGAAGGACAGAUCGUGAAGCUGAGGCUCCAAGACUUUGGCCGCCUCAUGAGAAGAGAAGACUCCCUGGAGAAGACCCUGAUGUUGGGAAAGAUGGAGGGCACAAGGAGAAGGGGACGACAGAGGACAAGAUGGUUGGAUAGUGUUCUCGAAGCUACCAGCAUGAGUUUGACCAAACUGCGGGAGGCAGUGGAAGACAGGAGUGCCUGGCGUGCUCUGGUCCAGGGGGUCACGAAGAGUCGGACAAGACUAAACGACUAAACAACAAAGCAUAGGUUGCUCCACAAGAAAAGGAAGAUUUGCACAAAGAGUUUUAAGUGCCCCAUUCUUCCUGGCUGCACCACCUUGGUUUUAUAGUAGGAGUAGCUGUCUUGUGGCAAAAAUGAAGUGAAAUCCAGGGACUCACUGAAAACUAACCGAUGCCUUUUUGUAUGAGGACUUUGGAGUUGGUGACUGUGUCAACAAUGAAUCAUGGCCUGGUAGAGUUAGAAGGGGCCCCCAGGGUCAUCCAGUCCAACCCCUUGCAAUGACAGAUGGCCACCCAAGCUCUGCUUAAAAACUGCCUAGGAAUGAGAGUCCACUGUUCUUCCUAAACAUUUCCCACACUGUUUAAUGAAUGACGAUUCGCUGCGCUGCUCUUGACAGAAGGGGGAGAGGACAGGUCUCUGCCCUGAGCGGCUUGCAGCCCGGGGCUCACCUGCUGAUGAGGGGAGGAAUAGGAUUGAAGCCGCCAACGCUCAUGUGGGCUGAGACCUUGAGCUGCAGCCUGUGCAUUGCCAUGGGGCGGGGCCACCGAAACGGAAAGUCCCGCCCCGCUUCCCCGAGCCGGGAGGGCGGGGCUUCCCUUGCCUGGGGCUUUCAUCAUAAAAGGAGGCAGGUCUCCAGGUCAGGGGGCGGGGCCGGCGACCGACCGCCGCUCCGCGCCAGCCUAUCCGGGCGCGCGGUACCUGUGAGGGGCACAGGCCUAGCCCAAUGGGGUCGCUCCGAGGGCCGGGCGGGGCCCUGCGCGGCUUGGAGGGGAGCGGAGCGGCGCUGAGGAGUUUUUUGUUCCGGGCCUGGCCGCCGCCAUCUUGUGUCCGAGCGGGUCGGAAGAGGAGAAGGAAGCGGCAGCAGCGCGGAGCGGUGACUCGGCAGCAGCGGCGGCCGCGGCGGGGCCUGACACAGCCUCAUUGGUAACGGCGGCGGCGGCGGGGGGGGGGUCGCUCUCGGCUUCCUCGCUCCCCAUUUCCAUAGAAACAGAACCUGCCCAAGGAUGCCUGUCGCCAUAGGAACACGGACUCUUCCCCCCGCCCCCCUCCCAGCCGCCUCGGCCUUCGGACUCGCUCGCAGCCCCUCGGGCUCCUGGCCUCUCGCUGCUCCGUAGAAGGGGCGGCGACCCGCCCUUGAGGAGCCCGGCUGGGAGGGGCGGGGGCCCUUCCGCGUUUCUGUGUCACCCGCCUCGGCCUCGUGUUCGCUUCCUUCAGAAAUGCCGCCCCCCGCCACUUGCCCCUUUUCUGCCAGAACUUGAAAGGAGCUCCCCCCCCCGAAGCGGGAGGGUGCGGCGCUUCCUUCUCGGUCCUCGCGUGACGCGCCUGGCCGGGACGCCCCUCGCGGAAGCCGGGAAGCGCCUGCGGCCUUAGCUGCUCCGGCGCCGCGGCCUCGCUUCUUCUCUUUUCCCCCAGGAUGGAGGGGGCGGGGAUUGCAGAGAAGAGCCAGGAUAAAAGGUCCAGGGGGUCGGUCAGCUGGGAGCCAUGGGAGCAGGCAAGUGCGGGGCUAGCGGGGGACGGGGAGCGUUUUAGCGCCUCUCCUGGCGGGGGCGAAAGGGAUUCAUUCCAAGGAGAAGGGAGCCCGGGAUCUCUGGAUACUCCAUCCUUACCAUUAUUGCGGAGGUGCAAAACAUGGGACGAGGCAAAUAAUAGAGUAACAGCUCUUUCAAGCUUGCCUGGAGAUGGCAUGCCUUUGAAGGAAGCUCGAUUUGGGGUGGGAUCUGCUUUAGUCUCGGCAGAGAAAUUUAAGCUGGUAAAUAAUUGCAAAUGCUCAUCGUUAUUGGUUACAGGGUUGUGAGGCUGUACAAUUUUCACAAAACGAACCAGCAACUUCUUUUGCUCAGGUGUCCUCCUACAUAGAAAUCCACUUUCCUGUUAGGUCUCUUUAGGCUGGAGAGCAUAGGAACUCAGGAUUGUUGCCUCUUUAUCACUGAUCCAUAUCCCUGUAAUAUAUGUAUUGCAGGGCAGUUUGAAUGUAGGUCUGGCAGGCUGUUGUCCAGAAGGAAUAGUGCCUGACUUACCCUGAGCAAGAGGUUAAGUCAGGGGUAGGCAACCUAAGGCCCAUGGGCCGGAUGCGGCACAAUCGCCUUCUAAAUCCAGCCUGCGGAUGGUCCAGAAAUCAUGUUUUUACAUGAGUAGAAUGUGUGCUUUUAUUUAAAAUGCAUCUCUGGGUUAUUUGCGGGGCAUAGGAAUUCGUUCAUUUUUUCCCUUCAAAAUAUAGUCCAGCCCACCACAUGGUCUGAGGGACAGUGGACCGGUCCACGGCUGAAAAAGGUUGCUGACCCCUGGGUUAAGUGGACAGUUGCCUUCCUUACUAUGACCCUUUAUUGGCAUCCUUUGUUAGAAUGGGCUCCAGUGUGUAAGAUAAAUGGCAGCUGGUUGGGUGUGGCUUGAAACAACUGAGUGUCAAAGUUCUGCGAGAACUUGCAACAUGUUAUAUGAGUGACCUGAUUUUCUUGAUCAGUAGUACUGUUAACUUAUGGCUAACCUCAGCCAGAUACAGUACAGUGGUGCCCCGCAAGACGAAAAACUCGCUAGACAAAAGAGUUUUCCGUUUUUUAAGUCGUUCCGCAAGACGAAUUUCCCUAUGGGCUUGCUUCGCAAGACGAAAUGUCUUGCGAGUUUGUUUCCUUUUUCUUUAAGCCUCUAAGCCAUUAAUAGCUGCUAAGCCGCUAAGCCGCUAAUAGCCGUGCUUCGCAAGACGAAGAGAGAGGAACAGAUUAAUUUCAUCUUGCGAGGCACCACUGUAUAGUCUAAAUCUAUAGAGGGAGAGUAAGGAUCUUAGCUUUAUUCUCAGAAGGGUUUGUAGCAGGAAGGCUUGGAAAGGAGUAGAACUUCAUCCUUGCUAAGGAAUCAUCUGUCAGUUCCAUCUCAUAAUUCUUUCCUCUUACCAAACUACUUGGAAUAGACUGUUUCUAUCUCCCCUAAUCUUGAGUGAUCCGUGGUCUGCUUACAAUAAGCAAAUAAGGUUGGUGGAAUUUUAUUCCUCAUCCUUGGUACAAUUGAAAGGCUUGUGUGCUAAAGUUGCCAGACUGAAACCACAUUGAUUUAUAUGUCUUACUCUUCUAGUAUCGCAGAAUUAACAUUUUGACAAGGGACAGUCAUCUUAGCUAGCCUCUUUUGCUGUCCAGGUUCCAGAUGGCUCAAUUAGAAUCUAUUUUUUUUUUAAAUGUACUAGUCAAAUGAUGUUAGUCCCUAUUUAUUAAUAUAUUAAUCCUGAUUAAAAGAUUGUCCUUGACUAGUUGGAAUUUUCAGAUCAGCUGUUUUCUCCAACUCCCACCACAGUUUGCGUUUUGAUUACGAGGUCUGGUUAUCACUUAUUAGUUGACAACCGUGUUCAGUGUGAACGGUUUCUGUUUAGCAACCAGCUACAUGUGCCAACUUUCAAAGAUCUGAUUCCCUGCAUAUGGUCGGACUCUGCAAAUGGGCACUUAUGUAAAAGGAAAUAGCCACAGUAAUAUCAGUCAAGUAUGGAAAGGACUAAAUCACAUCCUUUAUGCGGGUGUUUGGUUCACUCUCACUCUGUUUCCUCCCUUGUCUUUUUGUAGCAUUUGCCUAGAUGAUCAGUUAUGACCUGGAAUAUUUUUUGGCUUAUUGCUUUUCUCAGAUGCCAGGUUCUAUCUGAUGUGCCUUAUCACAUCACCCCAAAUGGGUCUUGUGUCAACAUGAUUAGUUUGGUUUUGCCAUACCUAAAUUCAAGGUGUAAACAUGUUUUUUCACAUUGGCCUAAGUGCCUGCAUGCUGGUUCUACAGUCAUUCAGAUUAAACCGUCUGGCUGGCUUACUUGUGUUGAAUACUCCAUCUGGGGUUCAAAUAAGAGUUAAACUUCUUCAAACAUUUCUGAGGAAGAGUACCAUACUAUUGCAGCUCUUAUGUUUCCAUCAGGCUGGUUUUUAUCAGAUAAUAAUAUCUCAUACACUCUUGUUUCCCGUGAUGAAAUAGCAUUCGGUGCUGGGAGUGUUCGACCAAGGAGUGCCCAGGUUGUCCUUCAGUUCUUGCAGUUAAACCAAUUGGAACUUGAGUUUUCCUUUAUUUUUCUUCAGUAGUUAAUUGUUUCAACGUUUUGCACAUGAAUUCAUUUGCUGGACAGCAUAUCUGCCACAGAAUUCCUGGAUUUGUGAAGCAUUUUGGGGUACUGCCUUAGUUCAGGGGGUGGUACUAAUCAGGUUUGUUAUCCUUUGUAAAUUGAGGGCAUCCUAGAGUGUGCCUGACACUCCCCUGUUGCUUUCAGUUGCUGAGGUAGAUCAGUAAUGCUCAAAAAAGUUGUCCUUGUGAGAAACCUGCUCUCUAUGGCUGACCUUUUAAUCAGGGGCUGAUAAGCUUCCAAAGGAUUCCAAGGUUCAUAGGAAAACUACUGGGCAAGACUGUUGCUUGUUCCGAACUCAAGACUAAUAUACCCCUUUGCAGUUUUCCCUAUACGGUGGUACCUCCGGUGGUGGACGGGAUCCGUUCCGGAGCUCCGGUUGGAUCCCGAGGUUUCCGCAACUAGAGGGACCGCUUCUGCGCAUGCGCACACAAUGAAAUCUGGAAAAAUACUUCCGGGUUUACCGCAUUUGCAUCCUGAAGGAUACGCAACCAGAGGUGUGUGUAUCCAGAGGUGUCACUGUAAUCUGUUUUAUCUUUGGGGUCUAUUGUUGCUGUGCUAGAAAUAUGCUGCAACAUUGGAUAAGGUGAAUAAGAAGGUGGGAGCUCUUUUUGGGCUCUCCACCAAAUGAUUACAUUGUUCAGUAGCCUUUUAAUUCAGUUGGAUGUGGUGGACCAUGCUAGAAUUGCUUUCCUCAUUGGAGAUGCACCUUCUUAAACAAUAGUCACACUGAAAAUUGCUGAGCUCACUGAUUACCUGCUUUUAUUAAUCAAAGAGCUGACUGCUGUGGUUUUUGUCAGUCCUCCCUGCAUAGAGGAUGCACCAACUCUCUCAAAACCAUAGUAAGACUGAAACUUAUCAGGACCAUGGACCCAAGUAAAGACAAGCUUUUGCAUUAAACUAAUCUAAGUAAAAUAAGUAUUUCUCAGAAGGUCGGAAGGGAAUUUUAAUUCUGUUUAACUUCUAGACGACAGUAUAGCAAGAUUCCUCAUCAGUCCCUUUUUAAUUGCUUGUUGUUGUAUCUGGAUUUGUGAUGCCAGUUUCUUGGUUCCCGGUACUGCAGCAAAUUACCUUCUCUGCAUUAGCAGGACAUGUGGUUUAGCUUAUUCAUAUGAGAUUGAACCUGUUUUCCAUCUACAGAUUCUCCUGAAGGCAACUGAUAAAGUACAAAGAACCUUUAAUCUGUCUCUCUCUCUGUGUGUGUGCAUAUAUUCCAGUAUGUCCCAAAUCUGUGAAAGCCAAAAUUGUUUGAUUUUAUUCAUUUGCAGAAAAUUAACUACAGCCCAAAUUUAGAAAAAAAUACUGUGGUGGUGAACAAAACAAAAUUACAUACUUGGAUAAAAGUACAAAAAUGCAACAAAUCACUAGUUUACCUUCCAGAGAAAGCAUGGGUGAACAAGUUAGUUUUCGGCAGUUGCCUCCAUGCCAAUACAGUGGUACCUCGGGAUGCGAAGGCGAUCUGUUCCGGAACCCCGUUCACAUCCCGAACAGAACGUAAGACGCGUCUGCACAUGUGCGGGUCACGUUUCGUCAUCUCCGCGCAUGUUAAAAGUCCAUAACUUGAACAGUUAAAUGAUUUCUGUAAAUUUUGUCGCACUACCUGGACACCUUUUAAAUUAUGUCAGUAGGCCAGGUCAGAUUUUGGGCUGCUAUGCAAGUUUUGAGUUUGCUGGCAGACAAUUUCUUCUUUGAUCAGGGAUUUUUUUUUUAUUCUAAAGCUUUCUCUUUCUUCCUUUUAAUAUAUAUAUAUAUAUAUAUAUAUAUAUAUAUAUAUAUAUAUAUAUUAAAGAAGAAACUCUUUGAGGUCUCAGAAUCCUUAAUGUGAAUGCACAUGGUGUGUCCAUUAAAAAUAAAAGCAUUGAAUUUAAAAUACACAACAAGGCAUUAAAGUUUACAUCUUUAUGUACCAUUUAUGUCGUGGUGUGUAUCCCAAAUUUAACUGAACUGAAUUGGGUUUCUGUUUGCAUGGAAUGGCUUCUAUUUUGGUUAUGCUUUUAAGCUUACCGUUCAUAGGUAAGAUUAAAAAAUUAAUCCCAUAAGUGGAAGCCUGUGCAAGAACUUCCACGUGCAACAGGGAUUUCCCCCUUCUAUCACCAACACCCUGAAAUUGGCUCAGGGUGUUAAGAAGAACCCCCACCCCAGAACAGCGUGCCAGGGAGUAGUGGGGGAAGUUCUUUCUAACAAGCCCAAAUGAUUGCACUGAUGGAACAAUCGCUUUAGCACAACAUUGAAUUCCACCCAACAUGUAUUUUGCCUUAUUGCAGAAAUAGUUUAAAUUAUGUUCUUGUUCGUCCUGAGAUGCUUAUGUACUAUAUAUCCUAGCCUAGAAUUCCCUUUGCUAGCUGUUAAGAUACCUCAGUUCUCUUUUAAAAAAGAAACGAAGUUUGCUUCAGCCCCAUUUCAUUUUCUGUUUUAGUAAGCCCUUUCUUAAAAUGUCCCAGCCUUAACCUAUAGUACCCCAAGACACAACAGAUAAGUCCUCAUGUCCUGCCCAAUCCUAUUUCCUGUCUUCUCUUUCCUUGUCCUCUAACCUUUUAGAUCUAGGUACUCUUUUCUUGUGUGUCACAUUCUGUCAAAGAUUGAGCAAAUUGUAGAUUGCUUUGCCUUUUGGAAGGCUGCAUUUGUGCUUCUUCCUGACAUGUCUUUCAGAUCCUGGUUUUCUCCUGGUUGAAGAAAUGUAGUCACUUGUCACCAACUUGCUGUGUCACUGUUGGCUUCCUGUAUGGGGUGCAGAGAGGGUGUAGCUCUGCAGAAAUGCAAGCAGUUGUUUAUGCUGUGGGAGUAUAAGGACAAAGCUGCAACUGGAGUGCUGGAACCCAGGCUACUGUCCCAGCUGUCUGUUUCGGGACUCAAGAAUAAAAGCAGUACUUGUGGAUGAAUUUAAGCAGCCACCGUACAAAAGAACUGGCUCAGAUUCAGGACACUGGGCACUGGGAUUGGUGUUCAGGGAGGAAGUAGGGAUGUAGUGGUCUUUCCCUUCAUCACCACUAGUUUGUGAUGCUGGAUGGUAUCUCUUCUUCACCUCUCUUCUGCCUGCAUAUGAUCUCUCUAUUAACCGAAGGUAGUUGAUGGUCUGUUGAAAGAUCAUCGGCCAGUUUCUAGUGGACUACUUGGUGCCUGCCAGGAAUCACUGCAAAAAAUUCUGAGCUAGGUGUACCUUGGGGAUGCUCUUUAUGUCCUGAAGCAAGUAUGAAUACGCAGGAUUGCUUUGUAAAUUUUUGAAAUGCAUAAAUGGGAAUUUAGGUCAAUAGAAACAGUAGACAAAACAAGACCAAAGUUGACCUGCCUAGGGUUAUAUGAAGAAACUUGUUUGAACUCGAUCCACUUGGAUAAAUUCACACAUUGUAAAAGCUAAUGAAUUAUCUCAAAUCAAAUAAGUGUAACUGUAUAUAAUUCUAAGAGGUUUUCAGUAUAAGCUGAGAUCCUGACCAUAAACUCCUAGGGAAUUAGUCCUGCUGAAUUCAGUGGGGUGUACGGUAAUUUCUCAGUAGGCACAUAUUAGGAUCUACCUGCAUGCCUCCAGUGGCAUAGAGAUUAUUAGCAUUAUCUCUGUUAUAUGGUGUGACCAAGUCCCAAUUUUCCACUUAGAGUUCUUUGUUGGUCAGCCACGUCUCUACAAAGUCUCCCUGUUGGGAGAGGUCUUUGGACCUAUAAAGAGAGAACCUGAUUGCAUUCUGCUUUUCCUUGAUCUUCCAAGCCCAUUGCUUGGAAAUUCCGAAUGAUCUAACCUCUGCCAGCUAAGGCUGAUUGUUUCCCAGCUGACUCAUAUCCAGCCCCUCCCUUGCCAGCCCUGUCUGUGUGACUUAUGAUUCUUCCUGUACUGAGCUGGAGAACUCUGCUGGGAGGGAGCAGCCUAGAAUGAGGUCAUGUGGUUCAGAUGUCCACAUUGAGAUUUAGCAGCUUUACACAGUGGGUUAGUCUAGGCCAGAUUUGAUGAAGUGAACAUGCGUGAGGGCCGGUCAAAGCUGUUGAGCUUUUUUAAGGAUUGCUCCCCUGUAAAAUUAUUGGGUUAGGGUUACCGGGUUGAGCUUACAUUUACACUUCAGUGUUUAGGAGACAGAAUAGAACAGUGUCUGUGGUCAAAGUUCAAAGAAACAAGCUGUCCAUUAUUAGUGGCAUCUCCUUUCCUGGGCUGCUUCAACUCCUGAGACUCUACAGCAGCCUAUGUCAACCUGGUACCCCAGGUGAUGGAGACUACAACAUCCAGCAGCAGCAGCAGCAGCAGCAGCUAGCAUUAUCCAUCCACCUAUCUUCCCAUUUUUGUUCCACCUGUCUCCAGGGAGUUCAAGGCAAUCUACGUGGUUCUUCUCCCCUGCCCUCACUUUAACUCUCACAGGGGAGCCAUGGAAGGGAGGGGGGAGGUAGGAGAACGGGAUGCUGCCCCGAGCGCCCCCCCCCCACGUGAUCUUCCCGCCAGUCAGCUGCUUCCUCCACCACUCACACGGGCACACAUUACCCUCUCCCAGGAGCAUCCAGCGAGGGUCGAUGCUGGAGAGCUACAGCUCUCCGUCAAUGCUGAAGAGAAAGCGGCAAGAUCCUCUGCGCUCUGCUUAAAUGGGGUUAGGCCAUACCCCCGGCUGACCAGAUUGGUCGACCAAAGGAGUGACACAGGGGAGAGCUCCAUGACAAGCCUGCAACACCAUUUCCCUGGUGAAGAGAAAUGGCUUUGGUGGAGUGUUGGCUGCUGGGCAGAACAAGAUGAGCAGCAGGUGCUCAGGGACCGCAACAGGUUCAUUUCUCAUAAUUGCUUGCGGGGGGCGGAAGAAAUUGACCAGCGGGCCGGAUUUGGCCCCCGGGCUGGACUUUGGACAUGCCUGGUCUAAGAUUUCCUUCUCAGUAACAGCAGGAAAUAGGGGGGUCUUUUUAUGUUGAUAAUACAGGACAUUUGGAGGGACGCGGGUGGCGCUGUGGGUAAAACCUCAGUGCCUAGGACUUGCCGAUCGUAUGGUCGGCGGUUCGAAUCCCCGCGGCGGGGUGAGCUCCCGUCGUUCGGUCCCAGCUCCUGCCCUCCUAGCAGGUCGAAAGCACCCCUAAGUGCAAGUAGAUAAAUAGGUACCGCUUUAUAGCGGGAAGGUAAACGGCGUUUCCGUGCGCUGCGCUGUUGCUGGCUCGCCAGAGCAGCUUCGUCACGCUGGCCCCGUGACCCGGAAGUGUCUUCGGACAGCGCUGGCUCCCGGCCUCUUAAGCGAGAUGAGCACGCAACCCCAGAGUCGGUCACGACUGGCCCGUACGGGCAGGGGUACCUUUACCUUUACCUUUACAGGACAUUUGGUAGCACUGAACUUCCUAAGCCAAAACUUUGGGAAAUCUGUGAGUGCUGCAACAUCAUAUUAACUGUUAGGACAUACUAGUGAGUACCUCCAAUGGAAUAGCCUCCUUUGUAUAGCCUAAAAGGCCAGUGGUAUCAGUCCUUCAGAUGAAGGAGCUGCGUGUCCCAUUUGGCAGCAGAGACCUGCUUAGGACUAACAUCGAGGGGACCUUCACUUUUUAUGACCCAUUCAUUGCAAGAGUCAAAAGGUUUUGCUUCCUCUCACCCCUGCUUCACAUGAAAUGACAGUCUUGUAUAUUUGGGCAGAGCCAGAAUUCUGCUGCCAGAAGCCAUCACAAUCAAGGGACUUUGUGCCUUGCAGGCUAUAGACCAAGCCUUGUAUUCUUAACAAGUUGUAUUUUCCCCUUUACUGCAUUCAGAUGUCCAGCUCGCCGUUGUCCAAGAAGCGUCGCUUGUCUGAUUCGGAGACGAAGACGGGUUCAAACUGCUCCUCUGGCAAAUCCGUACAGACUGAUCUGCGCGAGGCGCCUGCCAACGUAAGACUUUGUGUUGAGCCCAUUUCUUACAUCCUGAUUCUUGGUUUCCAAGGAGAAACUAGGUCAGACCCCACAGUCUUGAUAUUAGUAAAGGGUUUGUUGCCAUGAUGGGUGGAACAGAAAAAGGGUCUGUUUGUCACCAGGAACUUCUGCAGCAUUUGUACAGUGUAGUUCUGCACCAUCUUUUGGGUGGAGGGUGGGCCACCCUGUCAGGGCUGAGGGUGAGAAAGAUUUGACUACUGUAGUUUCUUGGUGCAGCAGUAAUUUACCUUUUCCUCUGAGGUGACAAUUACACAAGAAAGAGAAAACAAAAGGGCAGCCUCAGGGAUAUCAUUUAGAUGCAAACUAGACAUGCCCCAGAAUUUUGCUCACAGACCUCUUGCAGCCUUGACAGUGCAGUCAUCCCCACCUUCCUCCCCUUGUAGAUCUCAGUGGGAGUUGUUGGGAACCUUGUUAUCUGCAAGCAAAUGUUCAAGGCAGCUAUCGUAAAAUCAGCACAAGAACUCAACACUCCUAUAAAAUGUAAUAGCUGGUUGGGACUGUCUCUGAAUAUAUUGGAAAUCAGUAUUAACUAGCCAAACAUCCUGCUUCUACCAACUGUUUGGAGCCUUCAGUUAUGCUCAGUAGCCCAGCAUUACAGCCUUAAGCCUCAGGCUUUUGUGUAGAUUAGGCUCUCCUGCCCUACCAUAAUGUGUGCAAGUAGCAGGCAACCAGCAAGAGAACCCUUCUCCUUAUUCAGCAGGUCAUUUGGAGAAUAAAGGCACCAGCUGCUUGACUUACAGCUGCCUUCAUUCCUAAUUCUGGCUCAGGUCUUGAUUUGAGCUGGAAAGGCCUCAAACUAUACAGCUGGAAAUUCCAUUAGUGGGAUAAGAUUAUGUGAAUUGAAUGUAUAGGCAUAUAUAUAGCUUGGUCCCAUUUGCUGAAUGUCAAAUAUUAGACAGCCAAUAUUGUCAAAUGCUACAAAAUAGUUGAAAGGGUGGAUGGGUUUGCAACUCUGCUUCCUGACCAUGGGCAGCCUUAGCUGUUCCCUUUAGAAACAGACUGUGCAUGUGUUAGAAGAGUGACUAGUGGGGUGCCACAGGGUUCUGUCUUGGGCCCGGUCUUAUUCAACAUCUUUAUCAACGACUUGGAUGAUGGACUCAAGGGCAUCCUGAUCAAAUUUGCCGAUGACACCAAACUGGGAGGGGUGGCUAACACCCCAGAGGACAGGAUCACACUUCAAAACGACCUUGACAGAUUAGAGAACUGGGCCAAAACAAACAAGAUGAAUUUUAACAGGGAGAAAUGUAAAGUAUUGCACUUGGGCAAAAAAAUGAGAGGCAUAAAUACAAGAUGGGUGACACCUGGCUUGAGAGCAGUACAUGUGAAAAGGAUCUAGGAGUCUUGGUUGACCACAAACUUGACAUGAGCCAACAGUGUGACGCGGCAGCUAAAAAACCAAUGCAAUUCUGGGCUGCAUCAAUAGGAGUAUAGCAUCUAGAUCAAGGGAAGUAAUAGUGCCACUGUAUUCUGCUCUGGUCAGACCUCACCUGAGUACUGUGUCCAGUUCUGGGCACCACAAUUCAAGAAGGACACUGACAAACUGGAAGGUGUCCAGAGGAGGGCAACCAAAAUGGCAAAGGCCUGGAAACGAUGCCUUAUGAGGAACGGCUAAGGGAGCUGGGCAUGUUUAGCCUGGAGAAGAGGAGGUUAAGGGGUGAUAUGAUAGCCAUGUUCAAAUAUAUAAAAGGAUGUCACAUAGAGGAGGGAGAAAGGAUGUUUUCUGCUGCUCCAGAGAAGCGGACACGGAGCAAUGGAUCCAAACUACAAGAAAGAAGAUUCCACCUAAACAUUAGGAAGAACAUCCUGACAGUAAGAGCUGUUCGACAGUGGAAUUUGCUGCCAAGGAGUGCGGUGGAGUCUCCCUCUUUGGAGGUCUUCAAGCAGAGGCUUGACAACCAUAUGUCAGGAGUGCUCUGAUGGUGUUUCCUGCUUGGCAGGGGGUUGGACUCGAUGGCCCUUGUGGUCUCUUCCAACUCUAUGAUUCUAUGAAGUUUUUGUCCGCAACCAGGAGGCCUGGAAAUGCAUGUAUUUUUUUUAAAAAAGAAUGCUUUGAUUUCCAGAAAGCUUCAAUAGUCAUUGCAUUUUGUACUAGUCAGUAUUCCACUUAUUCUGUGGUACAGUCAAAUAGCUUGAGAGGAAAACACUGUGUUGGUGCAAGUGUUGCUAGCGCUCCCCCUCUUUCCUUUCUUUUUUCCAGGGUAUGGCCAAGAAUGGAAAUGAAACGGACAUUGAUGAGGGUCUGUACUCAAGGCAGCUGUAAGUACCAGAAAGGCGGGGGGGGUCACCAUUACAAAAGGAGUUGUGGUGCUAUUCUUCUGUGGCUGUUGAUCUUCAGCUGUUUUUCUGCUGCUGAGAGGCAGCAGUUUCGGGGCAAGAUGCCUCGGGUUUUGGUUGGGAAGGCAAGGCCCUGAAAUUAACCCUUUGGGAUUCUUCCCUCCACCCUUUGUUCUGAGCAGAUAUGUACUGGGUCAUGAGGCCAUGAAACGAAUGCAGAAUGCCAACAUUCUGGUGUCUGGCGUGCGAGGACUGGGUGUGGAGAUUGCCAAGAACAUCAUCUUGGGAGGAGUGAAAUCUGUCACAAUCCAUGAUCAGGGUGUGGCUGAGUGGUCUGAUCUCUCUUCCCAGGUAGAGUCCUCCUGCAUUUACCUAAAUGGCCUAAAGUGUGUUCCUUCUGUAGGCAAACUGCUCCAUACAUUUCAUACUCUUUCCCCUCACUCUCCAGUUCUACCUGCGUGAGGAGGACCUUGGAAAGAAUCGAGCUGAAGUAUCCCAGCCUCGACUAGCUGAGCUGAACUCCUAUGUACCUGUUACUUCUUACACUGGGCCCCUCAGUGAGGACUUCCUUAGUAACUUCCAGGUACUGUAAAGCAGGAUGGCAGCUUAUUGAUAACUGGUUUUCUCUUCAUAGGGGAAAUGUCGGCUUGGUUUUCAGAAGAGAGGAGGGUUAGAUAGCAGGAUAUAAUAAUUACUUUUGAACAGAUCAAGGGUCCAUCUAGUCUAGAAUUUUGUCUUCAGCAGUGGACAGCAAGGUGCUUCUGGAAUUUCAGAGGACAAUUCAGUAUAACAAUAGUGGUUGUGAUACUUUGUCCCCACCAUCUAACAUUCCAAAUGGUAUUGCCCCAUACAUUAAGGUUCCAUUUAAUUAUCAGGGCUAACAAUGUGACAUGCAUCUCAUUUGUACAUAUACCGAAUGUCAUCUUCCUCUCCAUCUGCUCACGUAGCUUGCGGAGAGCCGUUUUGAAUCUCUUUAGUCUGCUUGGAACUUGGCCAUCAUGAACUGUUUGUCAUUUGGAGGCCAGGUUCCUUCACUAUUUCCUUGACUCCGGAUAGUUUAGCAAUCUUAGAUAACACAAGUCCUAAUACAAAUCCUUGUGAAGAGGCAGGGGCUGUACUGCUUACUUUAGAGCUCUAGGCAUAACUGCUGCUGCUUUUAUGUAUACAUUUCCAUGUUUUCUGCUGCAGUCAGUCUAAUCCUGUGGGUGCAUAUAGCUUUAAGAGCCAGCUAGCCACAGGAAUUCACUGGUGAGAGAUUCUAAGAAAAGUAAUAUUAUUGAAAGCAGAGCUUCUUAAUUCUCUGUGCCAUAGAACAGAGUGGAAAAAGCAGUGUUGUGGAGAAAAGCCCUCUUGUUGUUUAGCCUUCCUGUUCUGCUAAACUUCACUCUAAGAAUGAGCCGGUACAGAGCUCAAGAUCUGUGGUGUUACCAACAGCGGCAGAGUGUUUGUUGCCUAGAGUAGCACUUAGAAGGAUCUUUUGUCCCUUCUGCAGGUGAUUGUGCUCACUAACUGUCCCUUGGAGGAGCAACUGCGCAUAGGUGACUUCUGCCAUGGCAAAGACAUCAAGCUGGUCGUGGCCGAUACAAAGGGCCUUUUCGGGUAAGAUGUAAUUCCAGCUCUGUUCUUUUAUCUCUGCUAUAGCAACCCUUGACCGUUUCCUUUGGCUGGGCUCUCCAUCCUGUCUAACAUGGGCAGCUGUGAGAGUUCCAGUCUUUAUAGCCAAUAACAUGUCCAGCCCAGCCUUACUGCUUAGGGUAUUGUUGCAUCAGUGACAGCACUGAGAGUUGGGUUGCAGUGGAAAUGGCACUAUUGGCCCCUCACCCUGUUUCCUUUUCCUUACAGCCAGUUGUUCUGUGACUUUGGUGAUGACAUGGUUGUGACAGACACUAAUGGGGAGCAGCCGCUCAGCGCCAUGGUCUCCAUGAUUACCAAGGUAAUUCCUUCCUGAGGCCGGAAGCCACAACUAUUUCCUGUAAUGGAGAUGUGCAGUCUUCCUUAUAGAGGGCACAUGUAUGCAUUGCUUCCUGCAAUGUCUUGCAUUGAUUUCAACAGUGGACGUCCUUGGAGGUUUUUAUGCAGAAGUUGGAUGGCCAGCUUUAAUGGAUGCUUUACCUGACAUUCCUGCAUAGGACUAAAUGCUCCCCAGGGUCCCUUCCAACUCUACAGUUCUGUGAUUCCCUUAUUUCUGUACAGGGGUGCCCUGGAGAGGUAACCUGUCUGGAUGAAGCUCGGCACGGUUUUGAGACUGGCGACUUCGUUUCCUUCACUGAAGUUGAAGGCAUGAAGGAGCUCAACAACUGUGAACCAAUGGAAAUCAAAGUGCUUGGUGAGACCCUGUUGGUGCCUUAACUAAGCAGAGCAAGUCUUGGAUGCCACUUGAAUGGGAUGCUUGCUGGGGUUUUAGGCUCUCUAAGUGUAUGGCAAAACUACCUGGAUAGAUAUUAAUGCCUUUCAGUGGUGUUUUAGCAUUUACUUUAAUUAUUUGGAAUUUUAGCCUGCUCUGACCCCAUAUACCCCAAGAGGGUUACAAUAGAUUAAACAUGCCAGAAACAAAAAAUGUACAAUUAGACAAAUGUUAAUUCUGACCAUCCUCUUUCUUGUCCGCUUUCAUGAUUGUCUUCCUAAGAGCCCUUUUCUAACCUAGACACAGCCUAUCAAUCCCUAAAUCAACAAACAUUCCCAUUCUCUAGCAUUCCAUCCCUAAAACAAUCAUGCAAUUUAAGUCUCCUCCUACUGUCUUACACCCCUUUACACAUAGGCAUAGAAUAAAAUUCAUUUCACAACCUGUUCAUGUCUCCUUUUUUUCUGUUUCCUCUGGUAUAUGGAGACAUAACACUUCUCUCCUUCCCCAAAUGAUAAUUUAAUCCUAUUAAAAGGAUUGAAAGAUCUCUUCCAUACUUUUAUUAUAGAGUGUCCCCAAUUGCAAUAUUGGCAGAGCUGGCCCUCUCGGUAGUUCUUCUACACUCAGAGGCUCAAGAGGAGUGGCAGCUCAGGAGAGGGCCUUCUCUGUGGCAGCCCCUCAGCUGUGGAACUCCCUCUCCACAGAGGUGCAUCUGGCACCUUCAUUGUACAGCUUUUGGAGAAUGCUGAAGGCGUGCCGCUUUGCUUUUGAUACCAGUAGUGUAUAUUUUUUGGGCCCACUUUAUUUUUGUGAUGGUAAGCUGUUUUAAACUGUGUUUAAUUUUGUGUGUUAAUGUUGUAAUCUGCCCUGGGACCUUAGGGUGAAGGGCAGGUAAUAAAUAGUUGUACUAAUAAUAACAUUUUGACAUGGUUGCUGGAGGCCCUGACCCAAAUACCGUUUUAUUCCUAGUUUGAUUUCUCACAUGAGACUGACAAAAACAUGUGUUUUCUCUCUCUCUCUCUUUCUCUUUCAGGCCCCUACACAUUCAGCAUUGGCGACACCUCCAACUUUUCAGACUAUAUACGUGGUGGUAUUGUCACCCAGGUCAAGAUGCCAAAUAAGAUUAGCUUUGUAAGUGUUGUUGCUGACAGACUCUGGCUUUUUUGCAGUGCUCUUGUGCUGGAACAGCCUGGUCCCCUUUGGGCCACAUGUGCCAUUCCUUGGGAGGCAUCAUGAUCUGGAGCUAUCGACUCUCCCCUUGGCCAUAGAAAAUUGGAGCCAUGAAGUGAUCUUAUGCACUUCCCAUUUCACUGGAUUGAUAGUGCUGCCCCAAUUGUAGUGAAUGUUCCUAUCUAGGGUUCUGGAAUGUUUAACCUACAACUGCAGUGAAUGUGGCAGUAUUGAAGUUCCACUGUUUAUAUUGGAUAAAGCGGGUGUCUCCAUGUUCAAAGAGAAUAUUCAUCUGCUUAUCAGGGCACACUUUCUCACUCUUCUCUUCCAGAAAUCUCUGCGCACUUCUCUGCUGGAGCCAGAGUUCAUCAUUACUGACUUUGGCAAGUUUGACCGACCAGGUCAGUUGCACUUGGGAUUCCAGGCCUUGCACGAGUUUCGCAAGAAGCAUGAUCGUUUCCCCAAGCCCCGUAAUCAGGUAGGUUGUUCCUUCUUGGUGGUAAUGUGGUACCUUUAUCUCCAUGAUUUGAAGUUCUCUGUAGCUGCAGCUGCUCAUACUAGCCACAGAAACCCCAAGUUUUGUAAUAAGCAGAACUUCCCUCCUGAGAACAUUAGUGCAGAUAGCAUUUUAUGUAAAAAAUCUGACAUUAUAUCAGGCAACUCAAUUUUGCUUCAUUUUGAAGCUGAGGGCCAAACUUGUUGUGUCAUGUUAAAUUCAUCUUUUCACCAUUAAAAAUGAAAAUAGCAUCUGUUUGUGGCUGAUAAUUAUCCUGACUGCAGCAGAUGGAGAGGAGUUUGUUGCUUUCCUCCUUCAUUUGGGCUCCUGAUUGUACACCCAAAGCUGUUACUUGCAUUGGGAGAAAAGCUCCUGUGGGCACUACUUGCACUUCAAAUGCAAGACUCAGAGUGUCUAGUUUGGCCCUAACCCUUUCAAUUUUUGCACAGUUGCUGUUUAUUUUCCAAAAUGUAUUGUUCAGGCAGGGAGUGGAAAUGGGAAUGAGUGGUAUAUGGGAAAGAAGAUGUGAUCAUUGUUGUAUGUAAUGUUGUUGGGGUUUAAGUGUGUGCAUGUUUAGUUGUGAACCCUGUCGAUGUGAAUUGUGCAUCCAGAAAAAUACAAUUCUACACGUGUGAUUUUAUCAUUUUUAGUUGUUUGCAUCAUUCUGGCUUUAUUACUCAAGUGGAGGGGCAAGAAGUUAUUGGGGGGGUUACUUUGUGCUCUAUAACUUAUUCAAAACUGCCUGUGCCUCUGUGCCAGGACUGGUCGUUGUCCUCUUCAGAUCACCACACAAACGCUUCUUGUUCUUUUAUAACUUUUUAUUGCGUAUUAACAAAACAAUCCUAUAAACGGUUCUUAACUAUUAUUCCUCAGAGUCACUUCUUUCAGAUACCUUCUGAGCUCUGCUUCUCGGUGACCAGCCACCCUCAAAAUGGCGAAGGCACCCUUCCCUUCGCUUUCCCGCUCUUUUUCCUACCCUCCUGGCAAGAGCUGGCCUGUAUCUCCCCUUCUCCGAAUCUGAGCUAGAACUGAACCCUUGCCUUUCCUGGGAACAGCCGGUCCCUCCCUGUUGUUCCUGUUGCUCUUUUCUAUUAGAUUCACUGCUCUCCUUCCCCCCUUGGGGAAUGCUUUCUCCCUCUGAGAAACUGGAAACUUCUAACUCUUCCCUGACACUCUGUGGGGUUAAAUACCUACAAUCCUUGUUUAAUAGGUAUGUGUGAGAGCUGGGCAACAGCACAGGGCAAAGGCUGUACUUCAGUUCUUGAGUCUCCUGCAGAUACUAUUAUAUCAGUUUCAAAAGUAUUGCCAGAAACUUUGCAAGGGGAUUAGAUGUAUUUAUUGUAGUUCCAUUCCAUUAUCUUUGUCAAAUCUCUGCAUCCCUGAGUGAUCCUGCAGUCUAACUGAACAUUAGGGGCUUUUCCUAGCCUAUGUCUGACUUCUCUCCCUUCCUUUUCAGGCAGAUGCUAGUGAGGUUCUAGCUUUGGUCAAGGAUUUGAAUGAGCAAGCGGCACCCUCACUAAGACAAGAGCAGCUGAAUGAGGAUGUCAUCAAAGAACUGGCCUUCCAAGCUACUGGAAACUUGGCUCCUGUCAAUGCCUUUGUUGGAGGACUGGCUGCACAGGAAGUCAUGAAGGUAAUGCCAGGCUCCAGGAAUUCACCCCAGAUAUUGGGGAAGUUGGCUAGGAGCUCAGGUCCUGGGUUCUCUUCAGAAAUAAUUUGUAGUUUUGCGUUUCCUAUCAUCAUCAAUUUCUUCUUCAACCAGGAGCUUUGUAUUUGACUAUUUAGAACUGUAUUUGACUAUAAUGUUGCACUAUUUUAGUGUUGUUAGCCGCCCUGAGCCCGGCUUCGGCUGGGGAGGGCGGGAUAUAAAUAAAAUAUUAUUAUUAUUAUUAUUAUUAUUAUUACAGCAAAAUCUUUGCCUCAGUAAUAGAGAGACCAAGGUGGGUGAGUUUGGCAUGCAGUGUCAACCCAGCCCAUGUCCUUAAAUGGGACACCGGCCUCUUUGUAAAAAAGCCAAAUGACCAUGGCAUAAGAUAUGACUGUCUUCCUCUUUCCUCACUCUCUUUCAGGCUUGUUCAGGCAAAUUCAUGCCUGUUACACAGUGGUUGUACUUUGAUGCACUGGAGUGCCUCCCUGAGGAAAACAAGGAUGCCCUGACUGAGGAGAACUGUACCCCUGUAAGCAGUGUGGGGUUUGAGAUGCAUGCCAGGAGUAGGAGGGAAGCUCAUUUGAGGUUGUAAGGUUUAAGCCCCGGAUAAGGAACAUGUUUAAAUUUCUGCACUGUUCUGAUGAAAAGUGAGAGCUCUAAGGGUAGCAGGACCUUAUGGGUGGUAUUUUACAUACAAACAAACUGGCAUCUGAUAUGUACAGGAGUAAAUAUGCUGUAACAUUGGCUGGAGUUUGUUUUUGGGGACCACAGCAAGGUUGAGGAAAUAGAGAAAUCAAGCAUUGGCUAGAAGAAGAGAUGAAAGCUGUCUUUGUUUCCUCUCUCUUUAUAGAAACACUGUCGAUAUGAUGGGCAGAUUGCUGUCUUUGGCAGUGACCUGCAGGAUAAGCUGAGUCAGCAGAAGUAUUUUCUGGUGAGUGCUAGUACCGUUUUCCUAUGCCUUGGUCAGUAUCCCAAGCACUUUGUUGACAUUUCUGCUCUUUCCCACUCUUAGGUUGGUGCUGGUGCCAUUGGCUGUGAGCUGCUGAAGAACUUUGCUAUGAUAGGUCUGGGGUGUGGGCCAGGUGGAGAGGUGGCUGUGACUGACAUGGACACAAUUGAGAAAUCCAACCUCAACCGGCAGUUCCUCUUCCGGCCUUGGGAUGUUACAGUAAGUUCUGUUUAUCUGCAGCUGCUUUUGCUGGGAGGGGGGUGAGUGACGCUUUAGAGGUCUGUGGUCUUCCGCAGUACCUGUUCCAUAAGCCCCAAUGAACCCAACCAUUAUAAAAGAUUGUGCAGAUAUGACUUAGUGCUUGCUUAAGCUUUUUUCCUGAAACUCUGCUUGUUCUGGUACUGCAUUCUGUGUCAAGUUUCAAGAUUCCUUGUUUGACCAAUAAACCCAUAAUGAAACCGAGUCAUAGUUAUGUCUGAACAUUAAUAAAGAGCAAAAACAGUCACUGGGAUGAAGCUCGUAGCUGUAGUGCUGUAUCCACAUUGUGUGACUUUCUGUCUGCCCAGAAAAUGAAAUCGGAUACAGCGGCAGCAGCCGUGAAGGAAAUGAACCCGAACAUCCACAUCACAAGCCACCAAGAUCGUGUGGGCCCAGACACAGAGCGUGUUUAUGAUGAUGACUUCUUUGAGAGCCUCGACGGAGUGGCAAAUGCACUGGACAACGUGGAUGCUCGUGUGUAUCUGUCAGGGGUUGACUUGCUUACCUGUGCAUUGCACACAGCUUUUUGCAGCUGAUACAUUUUCCUUGGUGUCAGCUGCAAGGCAUCCUCACAGAGGAUGGCUUCUUUGGCAUUGUUCUUGCAUUACUAGGCGGUGGAUAAGAAUGCAGUGAGAGUAUUGGGAGUAUAACUAAAUAGGGGGAAAGGACAAUCACUGUCUGGCCUCUUCACAGUCUGAACCAAACCCAUUCAUUAUCUGAGGUGGAUCCCAUUAUACAGUGGUACCUCGCGUUACAUACGCUUCAGGUUACAGACUCCACUAACCCAGAAAUAUUACCUCGGGUUAAUAUUACCUCAGGUUGAGAAAUCAUGCAGCGGUGGCGCAGUGGCAGCAGGAGGCCCCAUUAGCUAAAGUGGUGCUUCAGGUUAAGAACAGUUUCAGGGUAAGAACGGACCUCCAGAACAAAUUAAGUUCUUAACCUGAGGUAGCACUGUAUAUGGGACUUUCUAAAUAUGAGUGGUUUGUAUAAAUGAUCUUAUAUGCAUAGUCAGCUGAUAUAUAUUCCUGCAAUAAUACUUCCUUUUUCAAGGAGAGAAAUUCAGAAUAUUAUUUCUUCAAACACCUAGAAAACAAUUUUCUCCCAACUAGUAGCGUUGGAAAACAUUCCAUUUCUUGUCUGAUUCCCGUGCUGUUCUGGUCGGCAGCAUUUUUCUGCUUUCUCGUGUAACCGCUUUCCCUCUCCUUUGAACUAGGGAUGUACAUGGACCGUCGCUGCGUCUAUUACCGCAAGCCCCUGCUGGAAUCAGGGACGCUGGGGACCAAAGGGAACAUCCAGGUGGUGAUCCCCUUCCUUACGGAGUCCUACAGUUCCAGCCAGGACCCUCCAGAAAAAUCCAUCCCAAUCUGCACGCUCAAAAACUUUCCCAAUGCCAUUGAACACACCUUACAGGUCAGUUUGUAUUCGGUUGCAUUUGCAGUUUUCAAGGCAAUAGUUGGUGUAUCGUAAUAGUUAGGAACCAGAAUGCUGCCUGGGUUCUCAGCAGAAUGAAUUUGCUGCAGGACCUUGCGUUCCAGUAUGUUAGCCAUAUGUGACAACUGCAUCUUGUCUCAUAAAGGGGAAGCUGGAUCCUGUCCCCAUCUGGUUUUGUCUGCUGAGGCAGCAUUUACUGCCAUGUCUAAUCUUACGUCUAGUUACUAUACUUUUGUGCACCAGUGUUGGGAGCAAAGUGAGCUGGCUGCUGCUGUGUACUAUAAAACCUCCAAUCUUCUCUUCCACCUAGAAAUCAUAUAUUUAUUAUCAUUUAUUUUGAUAGUGGGCCCGUGAUGAAUUUGAAGGCCUUUUUAAGCAGCCCGCAGAGAAUGUCAACCAGUACAUCACGUGAGUAAAAUGCUGUAUUUGAGGAUUUGAAAGUGGUCAGAGUUGGAGCCAAAGCCUUGCUCUGCACAACAGAAGAUGCAGUGGAUUGAGCACUGACCAGUAAAGUAUAAUGAUGUGCACUAAAUGAAACACAGGCAUAUGAAACAUGGAGAACAGGCAGUUGGGGUGUGGCUUUGCAGUUUCUGCUCAUUUCAAAACCUUUCAGAAGUCUGGACACAUGGAAAUUGCAGAGCCAGUUCUCAUUUUCAUCGGUAUUUGGUUUUAACUAUUUUUAAUACUGAAUUUUAAACAACUUCAAUAAUAAUAGUGUUGAUUUUUCUCCAGAGAUUCCAAAUUCAUGGAGCGGACCCAGAAGCUGCCGGGCACCCAACCUCUGGAGGUGCUGGAAGCUGUCUACAAGAGUUUGGUGACUGAUCGGCCCAAGUCGUGGUCUGACUGUGUGACGUGGGCUUGCAACCAUUGGCACACUCAGUACAGUAACAAUAUUCGUCAGCUGCUGCACAACUUCCCCCCAAACCAGGUGAGCAAGUGAGGGUCCUUCUAGCAGUUGGAGGGGUAGGUUUUCUUAACUGCUUUCCCCUUUAUAACAUCCCCUCUGUAUUCUUUCAGAAAACUAAUUCAGGAACCCUCUUCUGGUCAGGUCCGAAGCGAUGCCCUCAUCCACUCACUUUUGAUGUCAACAAUGUAAGCACUGAGAUGGGGGUGGAGAACUGGCACCGCUAACUAGAAGACAGGUGGGAGUGGGGAGGAGGUGGCAAGAGCUGGUUCCUGUCAUAUCUGCUGUGCUCAAAAAGUUUACUAACCGUAUUGCAGCUGCAUUUAGUCUUGGUAUUCAUAGUUCUUUUAAAAAGGUUGAAAACUGGGAGUAUGGCCAAAAGGGAGAGACACUUAGGCUACAAUUCUCCUUUAGACACUGGGUUGUUAGUUUUGGAACGGGAAAGGAGCACAUGGGCAUGGGGUGUAGGGGAAGGAAGUGCUGGGUGCUGAAACCUUUGCAGAGCAAGAAGCUUUGCUAAAGCUGGGCAAACUCCAGUCAGCAACGUUCACUCUUAAGUUGCUCCCUCUUCAACUACCGUGAGUUAGACAUGUGGUGGAGGACAGGUCAGAGUGGGAGAGGAUGAAUGGCUUCUGCUUUGUGCUCAUGAUGGCCUUAUUUGAAGGUCAGAGAGAGACAUUCCUCCAGGUCAGAUUUGGCUAGAGACACCCUGAACAGAAUAGAACCAUGCAUGUAGCUUGAGUCUUUGCUGGAAUUGUUCAAUUUGUUUCAUGAAACUGUUAUUCAAAUCAUCCCAGUUCCUCUGGCAUAUAAGGCAGCUUGUUCAGGGGCCCAUGGGGUUAAACCUGAACGGAGGUGGUAGUGGUGGGUGUAGUCAAGUUGGGUUAGAUUGUCUUUAAGACCAUUCUACACGAUCCCUUCUCUGUCUGUAUUUAUUACUUAUUUACAUAUUAUUGAUUCAGAUGAAAGAAGCAUGGCUUCUGGUCAGAGUGUGAGCAUCACUUAGAGAAUCUGGACUCUCAAGUAAACUAGGCUCCUGGCUUAACUUUCUGUCUUUGCCUCCUCAGCCCUUGCACAUGGAUUAUGUGGUGGCAGCAGCAAACUUGUUUGCACAAACAUACGGCAUCACAGGCACCCGGGACAGGGCAGCCAUAGUGGAGCUUCUGCGCCAAGUGCAAGUUCCAGAAUUCACUCCAAAGUCUGGUGUUCGCAUCCACAUCUCUGAUCAGGAGCUGCAGAAUGCCAACGCCUCUGUUGGUAAGGCUUCCUAGAGUUGAGAGUGAAGUGGGCUGCAGUGGGGAGGCCUCUACCUUGAUAGAGAAGUAGGGAAUGACAGAAAGAUAAUUUGAACAUUCUUCCUCCUAACAACUUCAUAUUUGUAGACCGGAGGGGUAUCACAUAAAGUAUUUUCUGCCUGCUUCAAUAUUGUGCCAGAUUGGAUUUUUGCUUCCUGCCGAGGGAGACGCCUGCACAACCUGCUGAAACAACCUGUUUCAGUUCUCUUGGGUUGUGAAGCUUCUCUGAAUCCUUCAAGCAUCAGUGGUGAAAUUUGGCUGCAUAACUUAUGUUAGGGAACUUUGCUGGGUGGGUGGAUCAGUCGGUGGAUACCAGAGUUUACUGAAAGAGGAGGGUGACUUGAGGUUGUUGUUAACCUUUUCCAAGGCUCCUGUUUUCUUUUUCCCAGAUGACAGACGGCUGGAGGAGCUGAAAUCCUCACUCCCAAGUUCCCAGCAACUGCAAGAAUUCAAGAUGUUUCCUGUUGAUUUUGAAAAGGUAAGGACCAGUUGAAUUUCUUGGUGGCUAAUCCCUAGUUUUACCUCCUGAUUCCUUGGCAGGGUGGGAUUGGCUGGAAAUGGUCCCUAGGUUGCCAUGUGGAAGUGCUUUUGGUGCCUAGUCUGGAAGCCUCCAGUCAAGUGCCUAGUCAAGCCUCCAGUGUGCAGCUCCCUGGGACAUAUGUGCCCAGAAGAGGUUCUAGGGAGGGAAGUGGUACGGUGGGACUAUCACAGGGCUCAGUUGUCAUUUUAUUUGCAUUUCAGGAUGAUGACACAAAUUUCCAUAUGGAUUUCAUUGUGGCUGCAUCCAACCUACGAGCAGAGAACUACGAUAUUCCUCCUGCUGAUCGGCACAAGGUAGGCUUCCCUAUUGGGUGUGAAGAGUGCAACCCUGGUCAGUGGAAGGAGGUGGCAGUAGUGUGGACUUGGCACUUAAGUGGGCUCUUCUACAUCCUUUAUCUCUUCAGAGCAAGCUGAUUGCAGGGAAAAUCAUACCAGCUAUUGCCACGACGACGGCUGCUGUAGUAGGCUUGGUGUGUCUGGAGUUAUUCAAAGUGGUACAGGGCCACAAACAACUGGAGUCCUACAAGAAUGGCUUCCUCAACCUGGCAUUGCCUUUCUUUGGGUUCUCUGAGCCCAUUGCUUGCCCCAAGAACAAGGUAAGUGGGGUGGCUUUUCCCUGCACCUCUUCUUUUGUUCACACAUCCCAACUUGCAUUCUUUACCCCUUCUUUACAGAAGACACCAGCCGUUUAGCAAUACAAGCAUUGCUAAAUUCUCCUGCAAGCAGGGGGAAUAUGUCUCCUUAGGGCAGUGGUUCUCAAAGGGUUUGGCAGGAGAGGGUGGCGGGAUGAUUCAAGGACAAGCAAAAGAAUUUUCAAGCAUUUCACUGUACAGUGGACGCUCAGGUUGCGAACGUGAUCCGUGCGGGAAGCAUGUUUGCAACCCACAACGUUCGCAACCUGCAAUGCCGCGUCUGCACAUGUUGCGUUUUGGCACUUCUGUGCAUGCGCAAAGCACGAUUUAGCACUUCUGCGCAUGCGCAAGCACUGAAACCAGGAAGAAACCGUUCCGGUACUUCCGGGUUCGGUGCGGUGCACAACCUGAAAUCGUGCAACCCAAAGCGCCUAUCACCCGAGGUAUGACUAUAGUUUAGCAAAAUAUUACACACACAACCAGAAACUGCAUCCAUGCCUCUCUUCAAGAGUAUUGGCUAUUACAGUUCUUCAUGACAUACUGUUGUGAACAGGGAUCGUCACCACUGACAAAUAUGAAAGAUCAGAAAAGAGAAAAGUUUCUUUGUGUUGAUGAGAUGAAAGUUAGUUUGUCUCAAAUUAGUAAAGGGACCCCUGACCAUUAGUUCCAGUCAUGGCCGACUCUGGGAUUGUGGCGCUCAUCUCGCUUUAUUGACUGAGGGAGCUGGCGUACAGCUUCCGGGUCAUGUGGCCAGCAUGACUAAGCCGCUUCUGGCGAACCAGAACAGCGCACGGAAAUGCCGUUUACCUUCCCGCCGGAGUGGUACCUAUUUAUCUAUUUGCACUUGGACGUGCUUUCGAACUGCUAGGUUGGCAGAAACAGGAACCGAGCAACAGGAGCUCACCCCGUUGCGGGGAUUCGAACCGCCAACCUUCUGAUCCACAAGCCGUAGGCUCUGUGGUUUAACCCACAGUGCCAUCUCAAAUUAGACCUAAUAUAAAUGAGAUUACCCAACAAAAACAAGCUCACGCCUCUAAUUGAGUUUGUAUACAUUCUUACGGUACAUGUGUAAGAGGCUCGUUUAUGUUUAUAUUUUGGGAAGAAUUUGUGCUCUUCUGUAGCUGCAUUGCUUUAUACUUUCUGGGUGCCGCCUGAUGGUUUUACAAAGUAGUCGUGUUCUGUGUUAUAAAUCAGGCACUGCUAGGAGGAGUUUCUUCCCCCCCCAACAUAUUCUUUAUCAAUCAAAUAUUCAGUGUGUCGUGAGCAUAUUUUCAUUCUGAAAAUGUGGCCCAGUGAAAAAAGUUUGAGAACUACUGCUGUAGGAACUUGGGAGGUGGGGAAGGAAAACCAACAUCAGCUGAAGCCCUUCAGCACUCAGGUGAAAUUCCAAAGAGCUUCUGUGUGGCUGCACUUCCAAGUACAAUAAUAUUUUAAAAACUUCUUGCAGCUCAACAUUUCAGAUUUUUUCUUUUUUAUAUACUAGUUUCUCUGCUUUUACAAGGCAAAUCCAUUGGAGGAGGGCAUUCCUAUUACUGUCACUUCACCAUGUUUAGGGGGUGUUACAUAGGCGGGGAGGCCCUGGGAAUUUUUUUAUUACUGUAUCCAAGAAUAUGCAUUAAACAAUUUAAAAUAUUAGAACAAAGAGAUAUACAGUCAUACCUUGGAAGUUGAACGGAAUCUGUUCUGGAAGUCCGUUCGACUUCCAAAGCAUUCGAAAACCAAAGCACAGCUUCUGAUUGGCUGCAGGAAGCUCCUGCAGCCAAUCAGAAGCCCUGCUGAAUGUUCGGCUUCCAAAAGAACGUUAGAAAACUGGAACAGACUGGAACAGGUGAGUGUCCAUGCCCACCCUUCAGAAAUAAUACCUGACUGCAGGUGCAGAAUCCCUUUUUUUGUAUGGGGUAAGAGAAGUGUGCACAUACGUAUGUCCCAUCAUGCAGACAAGUGAUCUUCCUGUGGAGGGCCUGAUUGCGGAGGCUCAGCUGUAGAGACAGGAUCCUAGGAACAUGAAGGAAACUUUUCAGGUUUAAUGUCUGUAAUUCCCAAAAUCUAUGUUUUUUGCCCACUCUCUUCAGUACUACAACACUGAGUGGACUUUGUGGGACCGUUUUGAGGUGCAGGGCAUCCAGGCUGAUGGACAGGAGAUGACCCUGCGUGAGUUCCUGGCCUAUUUCCAGGUAAGAGCUGGGGAGUCCAGAGCCGUUCCCUGUCAAAGUAGCUUAGCAGUUGCAGAAGUUUUUUAGUAAUGGAAGUGAAAUACUUCUUGUCUUACGCAGAAGGAACACAAACUGGAGAUCACAAUGCUGUCCCAGGGAGUCUCUAUGCUGUACUCCUUCUUUAUGCAACCAGCCAAGCUGAAAGAGCGGCAUGACCAGGCGUAUGUAUCAUUCGGCUGUGCUUAGGCUAAACAAAGGUGGACAACUUCAGCCCACGCUUUCUCUGACCAUUGUCCUCUCCCGUAGGAUGACUGAGAUUGUCACCAGAGUCUCAAAGAAGAAGAUUGGUCGCCAUGUGAAGGCCCUCGUCUUUGAGCUGUGCUGUAAUGACGACAAUGGGGAUGACACAGAGGUGCCCUACGUGCGUUACACCAUCCGCUAGGGGCUCCUUUGCUAGCACCAACCACCUGCCUGCCACGGACUGUUAGUGCAGGGAAGGGUCCGCCUCCCUUCCUCACCCUUCACUGUUAAAGUGACUCAAAACAUGAAAUAAUGUUUAUACCCUUUUAGAAUUCCCUCCCCGCCCCCCGGUUGUUUUUGUCUCCACCAGGGCUUGGGAAAUGCUCCACUCCUGUGGCCCCACCCUCCCAUUCCUUGCAGUUAUGUCAUGUUUUUGAGGCGCCUUAACCCCCCCCCCCCGGUCCUUCAAUGUUAGUCGUGUUGUGUUUUGGCUCCUGCACCACCACCACCUCCCCCCUCCACCACUCUCUGGUAAUGGAGGCUGCUCCCUCCCUCAUCCUAUUCUGGAGAGGGGGCUUGUAACAGGAAAUGCCCCCUCCUCGUCUUCUGAGCACUGGGAGGCCUUGCCCUGGCUGGCUUUGGGGGGAGAGGAUGCGAUGGGCCGAGAGCGUAGGUCAGAACUGGUAAGAGAAGUAAAUGAGUCAAUAAACGUUUGCAAAAGCCAGUGGUCCUUUAUUGCUCAACCAAGGUACUCAAGAGGGAUUGUUGGUUGCAUGUAACUUGGAACUGUGACCAUUGUUCAAAUGCCUGGAGUUCUCAGGCUGCUGCUAAAAAGUGCAUUGAUAAAGCUGUAGACUAGGGUGGAUAGGAUAGGCCUGGACUGAUAACUCCUGAUUUUCAGUUCCAUGCAAGCAGUUUGUGUUUCCUUAUAGACAGCUUUUUAAAUGUACUGCUGCUUUCUGAAGACACCCCCUCCCCAAUCCACACGUGGAAGUGUGUGUGUGUGUGUGUGUGUGUGUGUGUGCUUCUGUUUGCUUCUGAAGUAGCAGAGUGAAGACUACACUGAUGUUUUCUUGAAGCUCUACAGUGUUGGGAGAACGUGACGAUCUUUUCCAACAAAAGAGAUUGAGUAGCAACCAUGCAUAGUUGUGGCAGAACAUUACCUGUAUUGCGUUUCCACCAUAUGUCACACCCAAGAGGCAGGUGGCCUAGUUUCAGAAUCAUAGUGAAACCAUUAAUAAUGCUUCACUCAGAUGCAAUGAAGUUUAACAGGGAGAACAAUUCUCUUCGCAGAGGAUUUCUUCCCUCUUUGGCUUGAUGUUUGUAGUGGGCCUUCCACAUUGAGGUUUAGGGAGGAACCUUCAAAACUGCUCCUUUUCGGGGGGGGGGUGAUAGAGCAUGUUGAGGGUGGUAGAGGACCACUGGUGUGCAUGGGGCAGUUUUGCCAGAGCUAUUGGCACCAACUGAUAGCUUUCUCCCCUUCAAAUAGAACUACAGGAACCUUAUAUGAGCUUAAGGAGCCCAUUAGUUUUGCAUUCCCUCAAAUCUUUUUGAGGUAUCUAUUUUAUCCAGAAUCAACUGAUUUGUCUUCAGCAAUGCUUUAUCUCUCCUAUCGGUCAUACAUGCUUAUUACUAAAUCUGGGAAUGCUCAGCAGAGCUUAGCCUCUAGCAGAUUCCCAGUUAGGUUUGUAGUGGAGAAUUAAAAUUAUUAUGAAGCUGCUGCACCAACACCCCACCCUGCAUGCUUCAGGACAAGGGUGGAAUGUGGCAAGUCAGGUGAAUUUUGUCUCCUCCAUAGGUAAAUAAGACAAGCAGGUUUCUGGGUUGGUCCAUGGAUAUGGAUUGGUCCAGAAGCACCUUGCAUCUUUCAUCUCCAAAUUGGAUAAGGGACAGUCUAGUCAGUCAGCCAUCUAUGAAUGGUUCCUCGACUUUACAGAUUAUGUUCUGUGUGAAGAAUCAGUUUUCAUUUAUAUAUGCUUCUGGGUUCACUUGGAUCCAAAAGUCUACCAUAAGGUAGUACUCCAGAGUGCUGUGGGAGGUGGAGAGUUUUUGACCACGGAAAAGAGAAGGGGCAGUUCUUAUUCAUGCCAUUUUGACCUGGGAGCAUUCUAGUGGGUCCCUUGUUCAAGGAAAACUAUGGACAAGACACUGGCCUUUAUAGCUUAAAGUUGCAGAAUUUCAAGUUCGUACAUUUGGGGUAAGGGUUAAAAGAAAUGUAUUAGCAUCUUUUGAAUUUAGGUAGUGUUUUUAUUUCACUUUGACUCAUCCUUAUGAUUAUGAAAAUACAAUCCUGAGAAACAACGCAACUUGAUUGGCUGCCAUGUUCUGUCUCUUAAAACUGCUAAUCAUCUGACCUGCUUGGAAAUGGUUCACUAGAACUCAAUGGCCAUCCAGUGAAGCUCAGUACUGGGGACAGAUAAAAGAAAGUGAAACUAUGGAAUUCAUUGCCAGAGCCGGCCCUGAAGACCACUAACUUGGGUGGCGUUGCAAGUGGAAGAAUCAGAUUCAUGGAGGUAGAGAUCAUGGCUACUAACCAUAAUGGCUGCUCUCUGCUUACAUAGGCAUCUGGUUGGCCACUGUGAGAACAGGGUUCUGGAGUAGAUGGCCCCUGCCUUAAUCCAGCAGGUUCUUAGGACAAUGCACUACCUUCAGGCUCCAUUUAUAGACAUAAGAGAUAAGCCUGCAACAAGCCAGCAUGUUACUGUUUUUUCCUUGUCUGCUAGAACACAAAAGCUGAACUACUUCAGUACUAGAUGUGUGUGUAAGGUUAACUGCAAUGAUUGGCCUGGAUCUUAGAGGAUGCAAGUGCCUCUUAGGUUGAAGUAGUUCAUAUUUUCAUUGAUAGUAUUUUACGUUACUUUUCAUAAUGGAACGAUAAAUUGCACUGCUGUUGCAGACAUACUGAUUUUCAAAGUGUAGAUUUGGUGUUCUAAGCAGGACUUCGUUUCUGACAGGAGACAUUCAUUUCUCAAGCUUUCCUGGCUCCUACCUUUAUGCCACAAUCAAAAAGUAAUGUAGAAAAUAGGACCCCUACAUAACUUAAUGAAAAUGUAUGAGUUUACAAGUGACACUUAAAGCUCUGGCUUCUGCUGUGCCUCUUCAGCUGAAACCUAAGGCACCCAUGUAAUACAAUCUGAAGCAUAUUUUACUCAGAAGUGACUGCAGGGACUAGGCAAAUUGGACCAGUGGUCUAACGUGACAUAAGGUAGCUUCCUAUGUUCCUAUUUUACAGCCAAGCAGAGGUAACCAAAGCCACUAGGAGGGCACAUAUAAAAACUAGUCCUGUGGACAGCCUUUCUAUGGAGUCUAGGCUUGUCUUUAAUCAGGUAAUUCCACCAGCUGUCUUGUCAAAAAUCAAUUAAAGAUUUUUGUGUGUCCAGACUGCCUGUCAGCAAGGAGGCAACCUUUCCCUCUAACUGUUCUGUAUUGCCUCUGUAGGGGGUGAGACUCUUCCAUCACUCUUGGGCCAGAGACUACAGAAUUGACUCUGUGUCUACUGCUGUGGAUCUAAUGCCUUAUUGCUGGAGGCACAGGCAGAAUUAAGAGUCGGGUGAACUGGUAAUGUAGUAUAGUUUUCUUCAGGAGCAAUUAUCUUCUAAAACUAAACAGGUUUCCUCUAAUUGCCAGUACAAAGGGUUUUCAGCAAAGAGGAGGAAGGUUAAGCUGUGUGUUGUUCUAGACCAAGCACGUCCAACAGGUACCUGAACCCAAAAAAAGGGGGUAGAUCACUCUGAGGAGUUGGCCACCCCUAGACUAUCACUGUGGUCAAUAUAUAGACUGUGGCUGUAGUUCAGUGGUAGAACAUAUACUUUCCACAGAAGUACAGGCUUGAUGGGUCUCAAACUGGUGUUGAAUUAGGGACUUCCCCUGCAUGCAAAAGGCAGGCUCCAGCAGAUUGAGAAGAAGAAACCAAUAAUGGGUCCAACAAUCAAGAAGUGGGUUUCUGCGUGUGCUGUAGAGCAAAGUGAGGGCAGAUGGGGCUUGUCAACCUGGGUAAGCUCUGGUCCUAAAUCUCUGCUAUACUCAUUUGUGAGAAAGGCUUCAGGGGUAAACCCCAAGGGAAAAUCAGUACCCACACUGCCUUGUUGAAGAAGAAAAGGAUUAAGAGUAAACCCUACACAAAUCCUGAGUCCCUAAGGCAGUUGGAUGGUGCUUUGUAUGCUUCCUUCCAGCAACUCCUGGAGCCAAGCGGCCAGACUUAUUGCUCUGCUUUCCUUUGAACUACAUCAGUGAGGCCAAGAGGCUUGUCAUCUGGGCAGCCCAGGACCUCAUACACACUGCCCAGCCUUGCACCCUUUGGUGCUUCUAACACAGCAGUUUGACUUCACCCCUGGAGGCACAAUCCAUUCUCUCUCAAAAAAGAUGGAUGCCAACUGCAGGCUUGAUCACUGGCAUAUCUAGGUAUGAUUGCGAACAACCCUGUCUGAACCUCUAGAGAGGCAUGUCAAGAAAUGGAAGAUAUUGGUGUGUGUAGCAGGAGGGAAGGGCCUGUUGCACAAGCAGAAAUCCUUGUACUGGUAGGAGCGAUUAGUUGAAUACCCCCAAAAUCUUAUCUUGCACCAGCUGCAGAAGAAAUACAACAUAACGAAAGAAAUUUAUUACUGCAGCCUUCCCUGAUGUUGUAAGAGACCUGUGUGAAUUGAAAGGUUGAUACUAUCUGGCAGCUGUGGACUAUGUCACUGAUCUUCAUUUGGUGGGUCAGGAUCCACUAGUGAGUUGUGGCCUGAUCCUAGUUUGGUUACAACAGGAGCACUGCCACCAUGCAAAUAUAGCAUGAAAUAUAUCGUAAAAGAUCCAGAAAUGGGUCCCCAAAUGCAUGUUUAGGUUAAAAAUGGGUCCUGGCUCUGAAGAGGUUGAAAAUAUCUGGGUUAUGAUUCCCCAAUAACGCCGCACCUUUUCCUCAUGCUUAUACUUCUGCCACCCCCAAAACUCUCAGGAGAGGCUGUAGUGGAGAGGAGUGUGGAAUUCCCCUUGAACAAGCGUGAAUUCAGCAUUAGGUACCAUCUGUUAUUGUUUUUAUUUUGUUGUUCUAUGCAUUACUAUUUUGAGCAUUGCAGUAGAAAUGUUAAGCUACCUUGGGAGAACUUGCCCUAAAAAGCAUGGUGGAAAUAAUGUAAACAUAAUAUUAUUCAAAGUAUAUUGCACUCUCCUUGGCUAAUGU